AUGGCCACUGAGCGGCCAGAGUUAAGCUGGUGUACUACCUCCCCCGCAAUAGCACAGCUCAACUGGAAGGAGCUGGAGGAGGCGAGGUUGGAGUGGCCCUUAGCCAAGGACAUCAGGAGGCUUUCAUCUGUUACUCCAAAGAGAGCCUUCAGAGGCUCCUCCAUGAGGGGAGCCUCUCCAGUUUCAGGCGAGCUCUGCAACCAGGUCUGGCACCUUGAAGAUACACACACAAACAUCACUUAUGCCAUGCAUAGAAGCCCAAAAUCAAAUAACACGAUUUUUAACAUGAUUUUGAUGUUUGUACGAUAUCAGAAUUUGAUUAUUUCUGAAAGACAUGUACUGUACCUGAUCUCUUUAUUCAUAGUUUACUUUAUAAUGGCUUACCCAAGACCCACCCCUCUGGUGCAACAUUUCUGAUCAGAACACAAAAAUACAAGGUGUUAAUUCCAAUUGAUGAUAAGAAUGGGUCAGGGAUAAAAGCCUCGGAAUCAAUAAGUUGAAAUAUUGCUGUGAACAUACCUCUUAGGAGAGUAGCAUGGUUGUUUGGUUCGGCGAGCAGAGUUUUGGCAGCACCCUGCCCUGCUAUUCCUCCUCCUUUCCUUGGUCCAGUAGUUCAUGUCACUAAUCAUCAGCCUUUUCUCCCGCUCAUCCAGACAGUCUAAGGAGUCCUCAGAUCCUGUCAGAGAGCGCUGGGAUUCUGGGGAGGUCGCCCCACUCCUCAGGUUCACCCCCAUGAUACGAGCCAGCACUGGUAGCAGAAUGCGCAGGGUCGUCUGGUUCACGACCUUAACAAUCUUCAAGACACAGCAUGGAGAGCUGCUCAAACGUCAGCUAUGGCCAACAAACAGAGUAAUAUUCAAUCAAGCUAUUCCAUGACACCUUCUCCUAUAUAGUGCGUUACUUUGACCAGAAACUUAUGUGGAGACUGCAGAGACAUGUUAUUCUUCCUGCCAUGCUGAAUCACUGGCUAGAGAAAAGAAAAGAAAGGAAACAUAAUUUAGUUGCAUAUUUUAAUGUUGAGUUAGGGAGUCAAGUGUAUUUGAGUAAGCCAUUAAGUACAUGAGACAUUUUGUUAUUCAUUUAGGGGUAGAGGUAGGGGUAUGGUUAAGGUGAUGGUUAGGGGUAGGUGUAGUGGUUGAAAUCACAUUUGUGGUUAGAAGGCGCAUUAUGAUUGUAAAUUCAGAGUUGUUGUAUGUGAGGUUGGAGAAAGUACUCAUCAGUUAGACUCCUCAGGAAGGAGAGAAGGACUGGGGCACAGCUUGUCCCAAUCUUGAGAGAAGGCAUUAGAGUCCUCUGAGCCUCCUUCUCCAGCUGCUCAAUGAUAAAUCCCCUGUCCCGGAAACCACACCUGGGUGCAUGAGCAGACCCUGGGAAACCACAAAGAGAAAUCUGAAGUUGAAUCGUAACUUUAUUUCUAAUUUCCUUCACCUGUACUGAUUUGAUUGCACUGGACAGGUGAAAGCAUAUCUCUCUGUGGCCCUCUACAAUACGUGACUCACCACAUCGAUUCGGUCUUAUGUAGUAACAUUUAAUUAUUUUUUAUUUUUUUACAUUGGAUAAAAGUAGAGACUCAGCGCUAGAAAAUAGUGUAUCAUACACUGCAGAUGAGGAACAAUGGGAAAGGAAUUGUGCUUUGAAAGUUGAUAAACUUGUAACCCCACUUUUGAGAAAAUGGCCCUUGAAACUUCCCGACCAUUGUUACUCCCCCUUCCGGGAUGGCUACAAGGCCCUCCCCCACCCUCCCUUCGGCAAAUCAGAUCACGACUCCAUCCUAAUCCUCCCUUCCUAUAGGCAGAAACUCAAACAGAAAGUACCCGUGCUAAGGUCUAUUCAAAGCAAAUCAGAUCACGACUCCAUCCUAAUCCUCCCUUCCUAUAGGCAGAAACUCAAACAGAAAGUACCCGUGCUAAGGUCUAUUCAACGCUGGUCUGACCAAUUGGAAUCCAUGCUUCAAGAUUGUUUUGAUCACGCGGACCGGGAUAUGUUCCGGGUUGCCUCUGAGAAUAACAUUGACGUAUACACAGACACGGUGACUGAGUUCAUCAGGAAGUGUAUAGGGGAUGUUGUUCCCACAGUGACUAUUAAAACCUACCCAAACCAAAAACCGUGGCUAGAUGGCAGCAUUCGCACAAAACUAAAAGCGUAAACCACCGCAUUUAACCACGUCAAGGUGACUGGGAAUAUGGUUGAAUACAAACAGUCUAGUUAUUCCCUUCGUAAGGCAAUCAAACAGGCAAAAUGUCAGUACAGAGACAAAGUGGAGUCGCAAUUCAACGGCUCAGACACAAGACUUAUGUGGCAGGGUCUACAGACAAUCACGGAUUACAAAGGGAAAACCAGCCACGUCGCGGACACCGAUGUCUUGCUCCCGGACAAGCUAAACACCUUCUUCGCCCUCUUUGAGGAUAAUACAGUGCCACUGACACGGCCCACUCCCAAGGACUGUGGGCUCUCGUUCUCCGUGGCCGACAUGAGUAAGACAUUUAAGCGUGUUAGCAUUCGCAAGGCAGCCGGCCCAGACGGCAUCCCUAGCCACGUCCUCAGAGCAUGCACAGACCAGCUGGCUGGAGUGUUUACAGACAUAUUAAAUCUCUCACUGUCCCAGUCUGCUGUCCCCACUUGCUUCAAUAUGUCCACCAUUGUUCCUGUACCCAAGAAAGCAAAGGAGCUGAACUAAAUGACUAUCGCCCCGUAGCACUCACUUCUGUCAUCAUGAAGUGCUUUGAGAGGCUAGUUAAGGAUCAUAUCACCUCCACCUUACCUGACACCCUAGACCCACUACAAUUUGCAUACCGCCCCAAUAGAUCCAAAGACGAUGCAAUCGCCAUCGCACUGCACACUGCCCUAUCCCAUCUGGACAAGAGGAAUACAUAUAUAAGAAUGCUGUUCAUUGACUAUAGCUCAGCCUUCAACACCAUAGUACCCUCCAAGCUCAUUAUCAAGCUGUGCAACUGGGUCCUGGACUUCCUUACGGGCUGCCCCCAGGUGGUGAAGGUAGGAAACAACACCUCCAUUUGGCUUGGCCCCUAAGACCCUCACAACUUUUACAGAUGCAUAAUUGAAAGCAUCCCGUUGGGCUGUAUCACCGCAUGGUACGGCAACUGCACUGCUCGCAACCGCAAUGCUCUCCAGAGGGUGGUGCGGUCUGCCCAACGCAUCACCAGGGGCACACUCCCUGCCCUCCAGGACACUUACAGCACCCGAUAUCACAGGAAGGCCAAAAAGAUCAUCAAGGACAUCAACCACCCGAGCCACCCCGCUAUCAUCCUGAAGGCCAGGUCAGUACAGCUGCAUCAAAGCUGGGACCGAGAGACUGAAAAACAGCUUCUAUCUCAAGGCCAUCAGACUGUUAAAUAGCCAUCACUAACCGGCUACCACCUGGUUACUCAACCCUGCACCUUAGAGGCUGCUGCCCUAUGUACAUAGACAUGGAAUCACUGGUCACUUUAAUAAUGGAACACUAGUCACUUUAAUAAUGUUUACAUACUGCUUUACUCAUUUCAUAUGUAUAUACUCUGGUCUACUGUAUUUUUGUCAAUGCCUAAUAUUUAUAUAUUUCAUAAUUCUUUUACUUUUAGAUUUGUGUGUAUUGUUGUGAAUUGUUAGAUACUACUGCACUGUUGGAGCUAGGAACACAAGCAUUUCGCUACACCCGCAAUAACUUCUGCUAAAUAUGUGUAUGUGACCAAUACAAUUUUAUUUGAUUUAUUUAUUUUUGUUGUUGAAUGUUUUGGUACACCUACUGGAGAGCUCUUCUUUGUCUACACCCAUUCAACAUUGUUCACACCCUCUUAAGCCUUAGCCCCACCCAUCUCUUUAAGGAUUCACAUGUGAGGCCAUGUGCUAAACAGAGUGAGUGUAGUAAACAACCAAAGAUUUAAAGACUAAAAGUGGUAAAAGUAGAAGCAAAAAGUAGUGGUAAAAAUACACUUUAUCUAGACCUUGGCCUAUAUCCUAAUCUGACUUUGGUGCAGGUCAUGUUGUUCUUCACAUUACCAUCUCUGGUAUUUACGUUUACAUUUUAGUAAUUUAGCAGACGCUCUUAUCAGAGCGACUUACAGUUAGUGAGUGCAUAAAUUUUUUCAUACUGGCCCACUGUGGGAAUCGAACCCACAACCCUGGCGUUGCAAACGCCAUGCUCUACCAACUGGUACACUACUAUAUCAAAUAAAAUCACAUGCACAGGAUGCAGACGGUGUAAACGGUACAGUGAAAUGGUUACACUUGCAUAUUUGUAAAAAUAUUUUAUAAUUAUUAGAUUAUUCUUACCCAGACACACUUGUCUAAAUUGAUGGUCAUGUGAAAGAAAAUGCUAUAACCACCCCCCAGCCACAUCUAGCUAAGUGGAUGGGUCACUAUUGUCUAGACAUGUACACAUGUUAAUGAAAUACAGUAGAUGGCCGUAAUCACCCCCAGACACACCUGGCUAACUUGAUGGGUCAUGUAAUCAUCUGGCAAAGUGGAGUCUUUUGUUUAGACAUGUAGCUAGCUAGCUAGCUAAAAAAUGUACCAUCAUUCCCAACCCAUACAGUACUAGUAAUACAAACUGAUUGUCAUAGCUAGCCACCAUGCAUGAAUCUGCAGGUUGCUAAAGCUAACAUUGGGCUAUAACUAGCAAUGCAAAUGGCUUUCUGAUAUACAAAAUAAUUAUUAUAAUAAUAGGGUUCUGAACACGUUUGGGUGUUCGUUACCUGGAGUGAUGCGUGAGUACCCUGCCUACCGCCUCCAGACCCAAAAGAACAUUCGUUACUCCCUUCGUGCCACCAGAGUAAUAAUAUUACUACAUAGAUCAUGCACGUAACGUUAGUUAGCGAGCCAGAAAGCUAACAAUCUCUAGUUACCUAACAUUACACUUUAACUUGCAAUGAAAAUGACUUUCUGACAAAAUUAGAAACGUAUAAUAUCUGAAAUUAUAAACUGGGUGGUUCGAGCCCUGAAUGCUGAUUGGCUGACAGCUGUGGUAUAUCAGACCGUAUACCAUGGGUAUGACAAAACAUUUAUUUUUACUGCUCUAAUUACAUUGGUAACCAGGUUAUAUUAGCAAUAAGGCACCUCGGGGGUUUGUGGUAUAUGGCCAAUAUACCAUGGUUGUCACGACUUCCGCCGAGGCUGCCCCCCCACCUGGUUCGGGUAGGCUUCGGUGUUCGUCGUCACCGGAGUGCUAGCUACUGCCGAUCCCAUUCUCAUCACUCCACUUGUCAUGUCUUGUCAAUCACACACACCUGGUGCUCAUUCCCCUAAUUAGUAUGUGUAUAAGUGUUCCCUCUGUUCCCCUUGUCUUUGUGAGUGAUUGUUUUGUUGUGAGAGCGUGUAGAUCGGUUGAGCUACAUUUCACUGUGUUAUUUGCCAAGGUGGAUGUUUUCCCUUGUACAGUUUUGUUUGACGCUUGGGGUGUUUGAUUUACGCAAACAGAUUAAACUCUGGACUUCGGUAUUUUACCUCCUGCGCCUGACUCCUUCUUUCACACCUCGUCACAAUGGUAAGGACUGUGUCCAGGCAUUUUGCGUUGCAUCGUGCGUACGAGCAGCCCUUAGCCAUGGUAUAUUGGCCAUAUAACACACCUCCUCUGGCCUUAUUGCUUAAAUGUAGCUAGACUCUUACCCGUAUACAUGGGUGAACGCAUCACGGGCAGUCUGCUACCCCUUUAACUCUGUUUUGUUUAUAGGUACAGCUUGUUUGGCCCACGUUGUGUCAAGUCACUCCAGUUCACACUGACCGUAGUAGUAGUCCAUCACAACUUUUUCCCACUGAUCUUUGUCUAUAGCACCUGCUAAAAUUCAGGGCAGCAAUGUUGUUGAGAGCAGUCCAACGUUAUAUCUUUCAAAAAAGCUCAGAUAGCCAGGAUUAUCUUCACAUACUGAGCAGCUCACAUUAUAGACACAUUAUAGACAGAAGCAUGCCAUGUAGGCAGACCAAUCCGAACUCAUCUCUCGGCAUGUCCAGCCCAUCCAUUAUCUCAGCCCAAUCAUGGCUAGCAGGAAGGUUCCUGUCUUUUUCCGUGGCUAAACCAACUAGGCUCAUCAUUUAACAAUUGUAUUCGUAUUUACAGAUGGCAUACAUGUUUGUUAUUAAGGCACAUGAAAGUUCACGUUCCAGAAGGCAUUUCUGCCAAAAAACACAUUUUAAUAUACAGUACCAGUCAAAAGUUUGGAUACAACUUCUCAUUCCAGGGUUUUUCUUUAUUUUUACUAUUUUCUACAUUGUAGAAUAUUAGUGAAGACAUCAAAACUAUGAAAUAACACAUAUGGAAUCGUGUAGUAACCCAAAAAGUGUUAAACAAAUCAAAAUAGAUGUUAUAUUUGAGAUUCUUCAAAUAGCCACCCUUUGCCUUGACAGCUUUGCACACUCUUCGCAUUCUCUCAACCAGCUUCACCUGGAACGCUUUUCCAACAGUCUUUAAGGAGUUCCCACAUAUGCUUAGCACUUGUUGGCUGCUUUUCCUUCACUCUGCGGUCCGACUUAUCCCAAACCAUCUCAAUUAGGUUGAGGUCGGGGGAUUGUGGAGGUCAGGUCAUCUGAUGCAGCGCUCCAUCACUCUCCUUCUUGGUAAAAUAGCUAUUACACAUCCUGGAGGUGUGUUGGGUCAUUGUCCUGUUGAAAAACAAAUGAUAGUCCCACUAAGCCCAAACCAGAUGGGAUGGUGUAUCGCUGCAGAAUGCUGUGGUAGCCAUGCUGGAUAAGUGUGCCUUGAAUUCUAAAUAAAUCGCAGACAGUGUCAUCGGCAAAGCACCCCCACACCAUAACACCUCCUCCUCCAUGCUUUACGGUGGGAACUACACAUGCGGAGAUCAUCCGUUCAACCACACCGCGUUUUCGGUUGGAACCAAAAAUCUCCAAUUUGGACUCCAGACCAAAGGACACAUUUCCACUGGUCUAAUGUCCAUUGCUCGUGUUUCUUGGCCCAAGCAGGUCUCUUCUUCUUAUUGGUGUCCUUUAGCAGUGGUUUCUUUGCAGCAAUUCGACCAUGAAGGCCUGAUUCACACAGUCCCCUCUUAACAGUUGAUGUUGAGAUGUGUGUGACUUGAACUCUGUGAAGCAUUUAUUUGGGCAACAAUUUCUGAGGCUGGUAACUCUAAUGAACUUAUCCUCUGCAGCAGAGGUAACUCUGGGUCUUCCAUUCAUGAGAGCCAGUUUCAUCAUUGCGCUUGAUGGUUUUGCGAUUGCACUUGAAGAAACUUUCAAAGUUCUUGAAAUGUUCUGUAUUGACAGACCAUCAUGUCUUAAAGUAAUGAUGUACUGUCAUUUCUCUUUGCUUAUUUGAGCUGUUCUUGCCAUAAUAUGGACUUGGUCUUUUAGCAAAUAGGGCUAUCCUCUGUAUACCCCCCCCUACCUUGUCACAGCACAACUGAUUGGCUCAAAAGCAUUAAGAAGGAAAGAAAUUCCACAAAUUAACUUUUAAGAAGGCACACCUGUUAAUUGAAAUACAUUCCAGGUGCAAAGCUGUCAUCAAGGCAAAGGGUGGCUAUUUGAAGAAUCUCAAAUAUAAAAUUGUAUUUUAUUUGUUUAACACUUUUUUGGUUUAUACAUGAUUCCAUAUGUGUUAUUUCAUAGUUUUGAUGUCUUCACUAUUAUUCUACAAUGUAAAAAAUAGUAUAAGUAAAGAGAAACUCCUGAAUGAGUAGGUGUGUCCAAACUUUUGACUGGUAGUGUAUAUAUUUUUUUAAAUGUUCAAAUGUCUCUCCUGUGAAGUAGUGACGUGCGACAUACACCUAAUUUCUUGAAACGGGUCACAUAUUGCUUUAACCUAAAGGUAUAGAUGCUACCUUCUCAGAUCAGUGCUGAUUAAUUUGAACACAACCUGCACCCAACAUAAAACAAUCUCUGACCUGCACCAAUGCUGCUGUCCUCCUCCACUGAAUUAUUCUUGGCACAGCCACUGGACUUAUGUUUAGCCUACAGGACAACAGAUUAUAGGUCUCAUAGCAGAUCUAAGGUCAAUUUAGCGUUUCCCCCCCUAAUGUUUUAAGGUUAGGAUUUAGUGAUUGCAAACUAAUCCUAUAUCUGUGUCUAAGUUGGCAGAGGAUGUGUAAAGAACUGCAUAUUGUCCAUCUUACCUUGCUUCCUGUACUGUUCUUUUUGGUCUCAUGAGUCUCUGUUUCAUCCUUCAUAUCCUCCCCAACUUCCUUUUGAUCAUCAGGGGUAUCCUCCCAUUUCAUGCUCUGGUGGAUAAAUGAGAGGGCAAUAUCAGUCUUCUUUUGUGACUUUAUGAAACAACUUAUUUGCUCCUAUUUUACACAAAAUGGCAAUGGUAGUCAGCUUUUAGUCCAUGGGUCAAACCAGUGAGACAUACAGUAUUGCUUUGGUAGUGAGUGACCUAAAAUAUUGUUAGUGAUUUCUCCUCGAAACUCAAAGUAUGCUUAAUUAACCAUACCUUGGUGUCCUCAGACAUGAUGUGUAGCCUAUUGUAGCAGGCUAUUUAUAGGUAAUACUGAUAGUCCCUUUAAAAGCACAUGGGUGAACCAUCAGCAGACGCAACUGAAGUAAUAUGGACGUUAUCCUUGAAUUAUACCAAGGCAUUGUUGAAUACUAGUUUCUGAUAGGCUUAAGCAUGGGGGAUUCUUAAAAUACAUCAUAUACAUUAUGUAACAAUUAGGCCUAAAUCUAUUGCAUAAAUCCAAUGGAUUAGCUAUAUUUGUAUGGUCUAAUGUCGACAACAUCAGAAAACAGAUCAUAGUGUGUGAUUUAUGGUUCAUCAAGCAUCCCCAUCCUCUUCUUAGGCAUCAUCAUCACCAUGCACAACAACGUAACUCGCUGCAACCCAUUAGCUAGAAUUCUGAGGCUGCAAAGCAGCAAAACUAGCAUGUGCAAUAAAUUAUAAUCACUUGCACUUAAAAUAGUUUAAAAUCAUUUAUGUUCUCUGGGGCUCUAUCUAUUUCAGCACCGUGGAGCUGUCAAUUUCUGAGUUUGUAGGUGUUAGUGGACAGCGCCAAGGAACCUGAAAUGUUUUGAAUCUGGGCAGCACCUGAGACAGUGGCAUGAUGUUGAAAUGGAACAUUGCUCAGUUCUAUGGUUAUCUCAUGGGGCUUUCCUGCUACUCUAUAUAAUAACGAUACUAUAAUUACAUUAUAUUCAUCCAUCCAUCAACACAAAGGGCUUGUCAAAGUUUUCUAAAUAAUCAUGCAAUGAAGCCAAGCCGAGAUGCAUGGUUCUUCAUGCAGAGGCCGAAUCACCGCUUUACCAUCAUGAAACCAUCAGAGACCCCAUAAAGAUGGAAUCCGCAGUAGGGGGAUCACACCCCACCGCCGUUGUUAUUGUUUUUGUUGACUAAGCAGAGGGGGGUCGCAAAUCGGGGUAAAAAAGAUUUAAGUAGGCUUACAUCCCACUGGUCACACUGGUUGAAUCAACGUUGUUUCCAUGUCAUUUAAAUGAAAUCACCUUGAACCAACGUGGAAUAGACGUUGAAUUGACGUCUGUGCCCAGUGGGAAAUACUUAUGUUCUAUCUUGCGUGCAAUGAUGCCCGAGGGAGAAAAAAAACAGUGUUUGCAGUAACUUCUUUGCUGUUGUAAUAUCGGACGUGGUUGUUUCACCAUUAAGGAUUCCAGCUUUAAAAAUGCAGUAUAAAUUCUCCCCAGUUAUGGUAGAUUAAAAUAGCAACACAGGGACAAAUCCAACACUGUUCUACUGAGUCCUGCUCAGACAGAGGUGACUGACUGUCAUGUCGCUAGUUAUAAUGGUGCUUUUAAAACAAUAAUAGUUAUUUGUAAUUGCUCUCUGGGAGCUAAUUAUUGCAGAGGCUGAACCCAGCUGCCCAGCCUGCUCGCUGGGCUCAUUAUGGACCGCCAGUGAGCACUUUAGGCUGUGAACAAGUCAGCCAGAUCUGAUCCCCAUCUGCUACUCCAUACUACGGCCUGCACCAUUCUUCACGGCACUGAUUCUACACGUGCUGUAGGUUUAUGGCAUGCUAACAUCCCACAACAAUUACCCAAUUGGAAUUACUUGCCUAAACCUCAAAUCAUACUUCGGCCGUAAUAUCAAUCACAUUUGUUUCUGCCCUUAAGGAAGCACUGCCCUUUAAACAACAUGGAAUUAGGACAAUUAUAAAGGUACUUAUUGACUUCUCUUUUAAACUUUAAAAUGUAGGCUUAAAUUAACCUUACCUGGCUGUCGUCAGCCAUUAUGUGUAACCCGUUAAGAGGCCCGCUCUGCGAUUCUGAUACAGGAGCGCCUCUGAUAAUGUAGCUUGGUUGAAAACCCAUCUGUGAACCCUCCUCAGACACAAUGAACUGAAGUGAAUAUGGCAGUGGUGUAAAGUACUUAAGUAAAAAUACUUAAAAGUACUACAUAAGUCGUUUUUUUUUUUUAGUAUCUGUACUUUACUUUACUAUUCAUCUUUUUGACAACUUUUACUUUUACUUCACAACAUUCCUAAAGAAAAGUAUGUACUUUUUACUCCAUACAUUCUCCCUGACACCCAAAAGUACUUGUUAUAUUUUGAAUGCUUAGCAGGACAAGAAAUUGGUCUAAUUCACACACAGAAAAUUAUGCCAUCUGGUUUGCUUAAUAUAAGGAAUUUGAAAUUAUUUAUACUUUUACUUUUACUUUUGAUACUUAAGUAUAUUUUAAACCAAAUACUUUUAAACUUUUACUAAUGUAGUAUUUUACUGGGUGACUUUCAAUUUUACUUGAGUCAUUUUCUAUUAAGGUAUCUUUACUUUUACUCAAGUAUGACAAUUGGGUACCUUUUCCACCACUGGAAUAUGGACAUUACUCAUGGCAUAAAGAUAUCAUACAGUGGAGAAAAAAAGUAUUUAGUCAGCCACCAAUUGUGCAAGUUCUCCCACUUUGUGACACUCUGGCUCUGGGACUUUUGUAUUUGAGCCAGGGUGUAUUUUGUUAUGUUUGGUUGGGUGUUUCUAAGUGUUGUAUUUCUAGGUUUGGUCUAUGACUCCCAAUCGGAGGUAACGAGUGUCAGCUGUCGGCUCGUUAUCUCUGAUUGGGAGCCAUAUUUAUUUCUGUAUGUUUUCCUGUGGGGUUUGUGGGUUUUUGUUCCAGGUUCAGUCAUAGUCACUGUAGGACUUCACUAUCGUCAUUUGUUUGUUGUUUUCGUGGUUGCUUUUAUUUAAAUAAAGUCAUCAUGUUCACUCCACGCGCUGCGUAUUGGUCCGCUUCCUCAGACGAUCGUGACAGAAAAACCCACCAUAAGAGGACCAAGCAGCGUGUCAAGCGGCAACAGGACCCAGCUCCAAAGGUCUGGACAUGGGAGGAGAUUUUGGACGGAAAAGGGUCCUGGACUUGGGAGGAAAUCCUGGAGGGGAUGGAUCGCCGUCCAUGGAGCGAGACAGUGGAGAGGCGACGGAGAGAGGAACAACGGCGUCGGCAGGGCCAUCGUCGGAGGGACGAGAGGCAACCCCAAAAAGUUUUUUGGGGGGGGCACAUGGCUUGGGCGGUUGGGCAGCAGGAGGCUGCCACAGGGAGAUGUGGAGAGAAGGCUAUCGGAUUACGGGAGCCAUUGGCGAGUAGAGGGAGGGAAGUUGUUGUGGCACGGCAUGAGAGACUGAGGUGUGUUACCAGUCCGGUCCGGCCCGUUCCUGAUCCCCAGUUAAGGCCAGUGGUGUGUGUUCCCGGUACGGACCGGCCUGUUUCUACUCCACGCACCAGGUCCACGAUGUGCGUCGCCAGCCCAGCUCGGCCUGUUCCUACUCCACGCACCAGGUCCACGAUGUACAUUCCAGCUCCACGUAUCGGCCGGGUUAGUGUGAGCAUUGAGCCGAAUGUCAUGAAGCCGGCCCAACGCAUCAGGCCACCAGUGCGUCUUCUCGGGCCGGCGUACAUGGCACCAGCCUUACGCAUGGUGUUCCCGGUUCGCCCACAUAGGCCGGUGCGGGUUAUUCCACCUCCCCGUACUGGUCGGGCGACGGGGAGCAUCAACCCGGGUAAGGUUGGGCAGGCUCAGUGCUCAAGGGGGCCAGUAAGCCUGCACGGUCCGGUAUUUCCGGCGCCACCUCCCCGCUCCAGCUCAGUACCACCAGUGCCUACACCACGCACCAAGCCUCCUGUGUGUUCCCCGAGUCCUGUGCGUCCUGUUGCUGCUCUCCGCACUAGGCGUUAUGAGAGUCCCCAGGGUCCAGUAUGCCCUGUUCCGGCUCUCCGCACUAGCCCUUAUGUGCGUCCCCAGGGUCCAGCAUACCCUGUUGCUUCUCCCCGCACUAGCCCUGAGAUGCGUGUCCUCAGCCCGGUACCUCCAGUUCCGGCACCACGCACCAGGCCUACGGUGCGCCUCAGACGGCCAGAGUCUGCCGUCUGCCCAACGGGGCCUGAACUGCCCGUCUGCCCAAAGGCGCUUAAGCCGCCCGUCUGCCAUGAGCCGGAGCCGUCCGCCAGACCGGAGCCGCUAGAGCCUUCGUCCAGACAGGAUCAGCCAGAGCCUUCCGCCAGACAGGAUCAGCCAGAGCCUUCCGCCAGACAGGAUCGGCCAGAGCCUUCCGCCAGACAGGAUCGGCCAGAGCCUUCCGCCAGACAGGAUCAGCCAGAGCCUUCCGCCAGACAGGAUCAGCCAGAGCCUUCAGCCAGCCAUGAGCAGCCAGAUCCGUCGGCCAGCCAUGAGCAGCCAGAUCCGUCGGCCAGCCAUGAGCAGCCAGAUCCGUCAGCCAGCCAUGAGCAGCCAGAUCCGUCGGCCAGCCAUGAGCAGCCAGAUCCGUCGGCCAGCCAUGAGCAGCCAGAUCCGUCGGCCAGCCAUGAGCAGCCAGAUCCGUCGGCCAGCCAUGAGCAGCCAGAUCCGUCGGCCAGCCAUGAGCAGCCAGAUCCGUCGGCCAGCCAUGAGCAGCCAGAUCCGUCAGCCAGCCAUGAGCCGUUCAGCCAGGAUCCGCCAGAGCCGUCCAGCCAGGAUCCGCCAGAGCCAGCCAGCCAGGAUCCGCCAUUGAGUCCGGUGCUGUCCCUUAGCCCGGUGCUGCCCCUUAUCCUGGUGCUGCCCCUUAGUCCGGUACUGCCCCUUAGUCCGGUGCUGCCCCUUAGUCCGGUGCUGCCCGUUAGUCCGGUGCCGCCCCUUAAUCCAGUGGGGUUUAGUUGGGGGGUGGUCAUGUGGAGGAGGCUACGGAGGCGGAUAGUGACUAAGGUGGGGUGGGGACCACGACCAGGGCCAGAACCGCCACCGUGGACAGACGCCCACCCAGACCCUCCCCUAGACUGUAUGCUGGUGCGCCCGGAGUGCGCACCUUUAGGGGGGGGUACUGUGACACUCUGGCUCUGGGACUUUUGUAUUUGAGCCAGGGUGUAUUUUGUUAUGUUUGGUUGGGUGUUUCUAAGUGUUGUAUUUCUAGGUUUGGUCUAUGACUCCCAAUCGGAGGUAACGAGUGUCAGCUGUCGGCUCGUUAUCUCUGAUUGGGAGCCAUAUUUAUUUCUGUAUGUUUUCCUGUGGGGUUUGUGGGUUUUUGUUCCAGGUUCAGUCAUAGUCACUGUAGGACUUCACUAUCGUCAUUUGUUUGUUGUUUUCGUGGUUGCUUUUAUUUAAAUAAAGUCAUGUUCACUCCACGCGCUGCGUAUUGGUCCGCUUCCUCAGACGAUCGUGACACACUUAAAAAGACGAGAGAGGCCUGUAAUUUUCAUCAUAGGUACACGUCAACUAUGACAGACAUAAUUAGAUUGUUUUUCUCCAGAAAAUCACAUUGUAGGAUCUUUAAUGAAUUUAUUUGCAAAUUAUGGUGGAAAAUAAGUAUUUGGUCAAUAACAAAAGUUUCUCAAUACUUUGUUAUAUACCCUUUGUUGGCAAUGACACAGGUCAAACGUUUUCUGUAAGUCUUCACAAGGUUUUCACACACUGUUGCUGGUAUUUUGGCCCAUUCCUCCAUGCAGAUCUCCUCUAGAGCAGUGAUGUUUUGGGGCUGUCGCUGGGCAACACAGACUUUCAACUCCCUCCAAAGAUUUUCUAUGGGGUUGAGAUCUGGAGACUGGGUAGGCCACUCCAGGACCUUGAAAUGCUUCUUACGAAGCCACUCCUUCGUUGCCCGGGUGGUGUGUUUGGGAUCAUUGUCAUGCUGAAAGACCCAGCCAUGUUUCAUCUUCAAUGCCCUUGCUGAUGGAAGGAGGUUUUCACUCAAAAUCUCACGAUACAUGGUCCCAUUCAUUCUUUCCUUUACACAGAUCAGUCGUCCUGGUCCCUUUGCAUAAAAACAGCCCCAAAGCAUGAUGUUUCCACCCCAAUGCUUUACACUAGGUAUGGUGUUCUUUGGAUGCAGCUCAGCAUUCUUUGUCCUCCAAACACGACGAGUUGAGUUUUUACCAAAAAGUUAUAUUUUGGUUUCAUCUGACCAUAUGACAUUCUCCCAAUCCUCUUCUGGAUCAUCCAAAUGCACUCUAGCAAACUUCAGACGGCGGGCCUGGACAUGUACUAGGUCCCCCCGUGUGGUUCUGGCAUUUUUGCUCACCGUUCUUGUGAUCAUUUUGACCCCACGGGGUGAGAUCUUGCGUGGAGCCCCAGAUCGAGGGAGAUUAUCAGUGGUCUUGUAUGUCUUCCAUUUCCUAAUAAUUUCUCCCACAGUUGAUUUCUUCAAACCAAGCUGCUUACCUAUUGCAGAUUCAGUCUUCCCAGCCUGGUGCAGGUCUACAAUUUUGUUUCUGGUGUCCUUUGACAGCUCUUUGGUCUUGGCCAUAGUGGAGUUUGGAGUGUGACUGUUUGAGGUUGUGGACAGGUGUCUUUUAUACUGAUAACAAGUUCAAACAGGUGCCAUUAAUACAGGUAACAAGUGGAGGACAGAGGAGCCUCUUAAAGAAGAAGUUACAGGUCUGUGAGAGCCAGAAAUCUUGCUUGUUUGUAGGUGACCAAAUACUUAUUUUCCACCAUAAUUUGCAAAUAAAUUCAUUAAAAAUCCUACAAUGUGAUUUUCUGGAUUUAUUUUCCUCAAUUUGUCUGUCAUAGUUGACGUGUACCUAUGAUGAAAAUUACAGGCCUCUCUCAUCUUUUUAAGUGGGAGAACUUGCACAAUUGGUGGCUGACUAAAUACUUUUUUCCCCCACUGUAUGCAUGACAUCAAAUAUGUCUAGACCCCAUAGAGAUCCUAAUAAAUUAGUAUUCUAAUUCCUGAUUCUAUGCUAGAGGCAUUGUUGACGUCAUUAGAAAAUCAAACAGUAAUCCACUCCACCGUGAUAAGAAAUUCAUCAAACAGUUUUGACAUAUCACGUGGGAUAUGUUCCUGAUUCUGAGAUACUAUAUAUAAACACCCCUCAACAGGAGAUAAAAAAUCUGUUGAUCUAUUUCACAAGUUUCUGGGUGGUUUCUGCAUGUGUUGAGGAAUGGGUGUGGGAUCUCUCAGAGCAUGUAAUUACAUCAACCAUGUCUUGCAUUACAUAAAUAAUGUUAUGUACCAUGCAAAUAUACAUUGCCUAAUGCUGCAGUGCUAUACCUCAUGGAGACAGUGCUCAUUGUUAAUUGCACAUGAUGGAUAUACAGUGCCCUCCACUAAUAUUGGCACCUUUGGUAAAUAUGAGCAAAACGGGCUGUAAAUUUUUUUUAUUUGCUGUUUAUCCUCUUGGUCUUUCAUUCAAGAUAUUCACAAAAAUUCUAGAUAAUUUAAAAAAUGAAUGUGAAAUAAAUUAAAUAAAUAUUUUUCUCCCGAAACAUGUGUGCCACUAUUAUUGGCAGCCCUAGAAAUUCUUAUGAGUAAAAUCUAACUGAAGUAUAUUCCCAUUCAUAUUUUACAUUUUUAAGUUCACCUAAGUGAUUGGGAACACUUAAUUGGUAAGCCAUGACUUCCUGUUUCACUGGGGUAUAAAUAUUUUACAUUUACAUUUACGUCAUUUAGCAGACGCUCUUAUCCAGAGCGACUUACAAAUUGGUGCAUUCACCUUAUAGCCAGUGGGAUAACCACUUUACAAUAUGUUAUUUUUGUAAAUUAUUUUUUUGGUGGGGUAAAGGGGGGUAGAAGGAUUAUUGUUUCAAGUGUCUCCGGAAGGUGGUGAUUGACUCCGCUGUCCUAGCGUCGUGAGGGAGCUUGUUCCACCAUUGGGGUGCCAGAGCAGCGAACAGUUUUGACUGGACUGAGCGGGAACUGUGCUUCCGCAGAGGUAGGGGGGCCAGCAAGCCAGAUGUGGAUGAACGCAAUGCCCUCGUUUGGGUGUAGGGACUGAUCAGAGCCUGAAGGUAUGGAGGUGCCGUUCCCCUCACAGCUCCGUAGGCAAGCACCAUGGUCUUGUAGCAGAUGCGAGCUUCAACUGGAAGCCAGUGGAGUGUGCGGAGGAGCGGGGUGACGUGAGAGAACUUGGGAAGGUUGAACACCAGACGGGCUGCGGCAUUCUGAGGUGACAUACAGGCCAAGUUCCCAUAGUCAUCCAUCACUAUGGGAGAGAUCCGAGAAUACACUAAUGAUGUGCGACAAAAGGUUGUUGAGCUGCACAAAUGAGGAAAUGGCUAUAAGAAAAUAGCUCAACGGUUGAAAAUGGCCAUUUCCACUAUCAGGGCAAUAAUUAAGAAGUUUAAAGCAACGGGAGAUGGUAACAAUCGGCCUGGAAGAGGACGUGUGUCUAUAUUGACCCCACGCACAGUGAGGAGGAUGGUUCGAGUGGCCAAAAAAUCUCCAAGGAUCACAGCUGGAGAAUUGCAGACGUUAGUUGGGUCUUGGGGUCAGAAAGUCUCCAAAACGACGAUCAGAUGCCACCUACAUAACCACAAGUUGUUUGGGAGGGUUGCCAUAAAAAAGCCUUUGCUGUCAUUGUGGUUGGAUCUUCCAGCAGGACAAUGAUCCAAAGCACACCUCAAAAUCAAGACAUAAAUGGUUCACUGACCACAGAAUCAAGGUUUUGCCAUGGUCAUCCCAGUCCCCUGACCUAAACCCCAUAGAAAACCUGUGGGAUGAGCUGAAAAGGAGAGUCCACAAGCGUGGAUCUGGAGAGAUUCUGUAUGGAGGAAUGGUCUCAGAUCCCUUGCCAUGUGUUCUCCAACCUCAUUACGCAUUAUAGGAGAAGACUCAGAGCUGUUAUCUUGGCAAAGGGAGGUUGCACAAAGUAUUUAGUGAAGGGGUGCCAAUAAUUGUGGCACACAUAUAUUUGAGAAAAAUAUUUGUUUUAUGAUAAUAAUCUAUUUGUUCUUUCAAUUAUAUUACUUAAAUUAAAGGUUAGAUUUCUGUGAAUAUUUUGAAUGAAAGACCAAGAGGAUAAAAAAUAAAUAAAAAAAUUCACAGCCUGUUUUGCUCAUAUUUACCAGGGGUGCCAAUAUUAGUGGAGGGCACUGUAUGCUACUCCAUUUGUUUGGAUGUGAUGUGUGAAGCGUUAUCUUAUGGGUUUGGUGAUUGUUCUGUGGGAUGUAGAAUGUGAUGUGAAGCUCCUGGGCAUGUGGCUGUCGAAGCUCCUCCACUGAGCUGCUGCUGUGAGCAGGAGUGGGAGAGAAGCCCAUGCUUAAUAAACAGUGACACUCUUCUUUUCUUCUGUCGCUCAUUCUCCUGCCUCUCCAUCUCAAAGGCAGCCAAAUAUAGAGAAGGGUGCUUAAAGAGGCAGCCAUGUGCACACACACUCAGAAUCACACUCUAUUUAUAGGUUUGUCUUAUUCCAGAGUAUACUUAUGGUCCACACGGUAUGGUUCUAUGUUUUUUCACUCUGUGAUUGAAAGUAGUUCUCAGAAUAGAUGCUAAUUAUGUGUGUGAUUAUGUAAUGUAAGGAGUAUGCCUUCAAAUCUAAAGCAUCGCAGAUUGAGCUGCUGUGGAGUUUUGUGUUGGGCUUGGUCUGAUUACAGAGUUUUAGAUUAUGAAUUUUGAACAUGGGCAUGAAAGGGCUCAUUUAGUUAUUUGGAAUUCUUUGACUUGCGUUUCACUUGAUUAGUUUAAUUACCUUAAUUGUUUGAUUAGAAGAUAAUAUUUAAUUAUGAUUAAGAAUAGCACUAAAAGCAGCUUUUGUAUAGGGUUUCUAAACCAUGUUUCCUAUACAAGCUAAACAUGUUACUAGAAGAAUACAUUUAGGAAAAGGAAUGUUAUAGUCCAUUUAUGUAAUGUUGUUACGACAUUAAACAUCAAUUCAAUGGUGCUAAUAAUUUCCCAUUUGAUAACUGUAAAAGGCGGUGUGGUAUAACAGAAUGACAUGAAAAGGUAAGUGCCAGAGAUAAAAGGGUUGAGUCAGCCCCACAGCUUUCAGGAGAGGUUGUGUAUAUAAAGUGUUUACUGCAAUUUGUCUCUCUCCCACGCUUUUUAUUCUCCUGCAGAUUAGUGGCUACAUCCCUCAGCUCUCUAGAUAAGACCUGCUAAAGACACCAAGACACUAAAUACAGAGAGCAUUGAGAAACACAAGACACAUGUCACAGGUACUAUUAUGUUUGAUAUACUCUGUGUGUGUCAAGUUACUCUGUGUUUGUCUAUUUUUUUUAUUUUUUUUUAAAUUUUACCUUUAUUUAACUAGGCAAGUCAGUUAAGAACAAAUUCUUAUUUACAAUGACGGCCUACACCGGCCAAACCCGGACGACACUGGGCCAAUUGUGCGCCGCCCUAUGGGACUCCCAAUCACGGCCGGUUGUGAUACAGCCUGGAAUCAAACCAGGGGGUCUGUAGUGACGGGGGUCUGUAGUGACGCCUCAAGCACUGAGAUGCAGUGCCUUAGACCACUGCGCCACUCAGGAGUGUGUGUCUAUGCUUAUUUGUUCAUGUCCUAUGACUGACUGAUGGUUCUCUGCUCUGAGACUGUGCUGUUGUUAUGUGGUGUACUGUACUCUGUGUUGUCACUCCACAUUGAUGUGGUUCCCUGUGUUGCCACCAUGUGCUGUGACUCUAUACCAUAACCCUUUUUUGUGUGUUAUGUUGUGAUUGUGUUAGUGGUAGCUCUCCAGUAUGUACUGUGAUUGUGUAUCUGCACCCGUGACAUUCAGUGCUCCUCAGGGGCUCUAAUGGCUUCUUUAAUUGCAUCCGUCACCCCACUGGCUCAUCUCUUAAACCACACAUACAUACUGAGAUGUGUAGCUUGGCUUAGGAGGGACAGAAAUAACUUCCUAUAGCUUAAAGGAAAACCACCCCCAAAACUGUUUUGAUAUUUGUUUCAUUAGUCCAUUGUUGAUAUAGUCCCAAAAUGUUUUGCAUGUCAGCAAUCAAGAUCUCAAGAUAUAUAAUGUUCAAAAUACAGAAAUACAGCCGGUGUGAUGAAUUUUGCAUCAUAUGAUGCUGUAUUUUGAAAGUUAUAUAUCUUGAAAACUUGAUUGCAGUUUUUCCUUUAAGCUUUUACCUCACCAUUUCUUCAUAGUGGGCUGGGUUCAAAGGAGAUUUGGCAAUGGUCAUUUAUUUUUACAUAAUGGACUUAAAUGUUCUGUUGUCUUUCAUGUGUUUUCCUGUGAAGCACUGCUGCAAUGAUUCAUCUAUGUUUUCACCACUCGCACUACAAAGUCUUCUUCAACCCCAAUAGCUGUGAUCAAGGAAAUGCUUAGCACAAUCAACUUCAAUCCAUUGGUUCAUUAUAAAUGGCCAUGUUUACUGUAAGAAACAGCUGGAAAAUAUUAUUACGUUAAUAUAAGGUUUUGGUCACCUGCAAGAGUUCAGUUGACAUUGGGAAGAUGAACUAAUGCUGAAAUGGACAAAUAAAGCUGUCAUGAUAACAUCCUCCAUGUUGCUGUAUUCAGAUGGAACAGGAGAUCUCUCUAGUCCAGAGUAAGAUGUCUGAUCUGGAGUCAGUGCUGCAGCAGAAGGAUGUGGAGCUGAAAGCCUCAGAGACACAGAGGACCAUCCUGGAGCAAGACCUGGCUACCUACAUCACAGAGUGCACCGUGAGUGGCCCAUGAUCCUGACUCUGUGUGUGUGUGUGAUUCCGUAAAGCAGAUAGGGGUGGGUGCUCUUGUGUACUACAUGCAGUGUUGCCAAGGGGCUUUAUAUACAGUUGAAGUCGGAAGUUUACAUACACCUUAGCCAAAUACAUUUAAACUCAGUUUUUCACAAUUCCUGACAUUUAAUCGUAAUAAAUAGUCCCUGUUUUAGGUCAGUUAGGAUCACCACUUUAUUUUAAGAAUGUAAAAUGUCAGAAUAAUAGUAGAGAGAAUGAUUUAUUUAAGCUUUUAUUUCUUUCAUCACAUUCCCAGUGGGUCAGAAGUUUACAUACACUCAAUUAGUAUUUGGUAGCAUUGCCUUUAAAUUAUUUAACUUGGGUUAAAACAUUUCGGGUAGCCUUCCACAAGCUUCCCACAAUAAGUUGGGUGAAUUAUGGCCCAUUCCUCCUGACAGAUCCGGUGUAACUGAGUCAGGUUUGUAGACCUCCUUGCUCGCACACGCUUUUUCAGUUCUGCCCACAAUUUACUAUAGGAUUGAGGUCAGGGCUUUGUGAUGGCCACUCCAAUACCUUGACUUUGUUGUCCUUAAGCCAUUUUGCCACAACUUUGGAAGUAUGCUUGGGGUCAUUGUCCAUUUGGAAGACCCAUUUGCGACCAAGCUUUAACUUCCUGACUGAUGUCUUGAAAUGGUGCUUCAAUAUAUCCACAUAAUUUUCCUUCCUCAUGAUGCUAUCUAUUUUGUGAAGUGCACUAAUCCCUCCUGCAGCAAAGCACCCACACAGCAUGAUGCUGCCACCCCCGUGCUUCACAGUUGGGAUGGUGUUCUUCGGCUUGCCCUUUUUCCUCCAAACAUAACGAUGGUCAUUAUGGCCAAACAGUUCUAUUUUUGUUUCAUCAGACCAGAGGACAUUUCUCCAAAAAGUACGAUCUUUGUCCCCAUGUGCAGUUGAAAACCGUAGUCUGGCUUUUUUAUGGCAGUUUUGGAGCAGUGGCUUCUUCCUUGCUGAGCGGCCUUUCAGGUUAUGUCGAUAUAGGACUCGUUUUACUGUGGAUAUAGAUACUUUUGUACCUGUUUCCUCCAGCAUCUUCACAAGGUCCUUUGCUUUUGUACUGGGAUUGAUUUGCACUUUGCGCACCAAAGUACGUUCAUCUCCAGGAGACAGAACGCGUCUCCUUCCUGAGCGGUAUGACAGCUGCGUGGUCCCAUGGUGUUUAUACUUGCUUGUUUGUACAGAUGAACGUGGUACCUUCAGGUGUUUGGAAAUUGCUCCCAAGGAUGAACCAGACUUGUGGAGGUCUACAAUUUUUUUUAGGUAUUUGCUGAUUUCUUUUGAUUUUCCCAUGAUGUCAAGCAAAGAGGCACUGAGUUUGAAGGUAGGCCUUGAAAUACAUCCACAGGUACACCUCCAAUUGACUCAAAUGAUGUCAAUUAGCCUAUCAGAAGCUUCUAAAGCCAUGACAUCAUUUUCUGGAAUGUUCCAAGCUGUUUAAAGGCACAGUCAACUUAGUGUAUGUAAACUUCUGACCCACUGGAAUUUUGAUACAGUGAAUUAUAAGUGAAAUAAUCUGUCUGUAAACAAUUGUUGGAAAAAUCAUGCACAAAGUAGAUGUCCUAACCGACUUGCCAAAACUAUAGUUUGUUAAAAAUAAAUUUGUGGAGUGGUUGAAAAACGAGUUUUAAUGACUCCAACCUAAGUGUAUGUAAACUUCCGACUUCAACUGUAUGUGUGUGUUUCAGAGUCUGAAGCUCAGUCUGGAGCAGGCACGUAUGGAGGUUUCCCAGGAAGACGACAAGGCUCUGCAGCUCCUCCAUGGCAUCCGGGAGCAGAGCAACAAGCUGCAGGAGAUCAAAGAACAGGUAGAGGAGAGCGCCUUCUGUGGGGCAACAGAGGCCUGGUAGGGGUUGUGGGUUGUGGAGGGAGGAACACAAAGUUGCCCCUAAACGCUGUUUAACUGUAAUGUUCAGGGUUAAGAUUUGGGGAGGGUAAGCUGAUCCUAACUCAGUGCCUACGGGCAACUUCUACCCAGAGUGCUGUGGAGAGAUGUACUGUAAAGGGUUGACCUUGCCCAUCCCUAUGGUGUGUGAGUCGUGUGGGGUGUGAGGAGAGUGCUACCCCUGUCAACGCCGUGUUAAUUACAGAGGAGGAGGGUGUUGAGGCUUCUCCACUGCUCCCUGUUUAGGUGGAGUCAGUAGACUAUUAAACACCCUUGGUCUGGAUUCCUGACUACAUGGAACCAUAUUCAUGUCAAUGAGUGUUAUUACUGUGGUUUCAUUGCCUUUAUCGAAUAAGGGUAAUUAGAGUUAGGCAGCAAAUGAGAAAAAGCCUUGAGUGCCACAUAAUAAUAGUCUGAUAGCAAUAGAUGUUAUAGUAGCGGUAGCCUUCUGUGAGGGUCAACAUUGAGAAUUUACUAGGUGUUAGCAGUAUGCUGUCCAACAGUGGGCGUGAACUCAAAUGCACUCUGUCAUGCACUCAGGACUUAUCCUGCCCAUGAAGAAAGUCUCAGUGGACAUCUCUCUAGUAGUGGCAUGCCUUUGCAUAGCUCAGCGCCCCAGUACUUCAAGGUGUCUCCUGUGUGUUCAUCACUCACUACUCUCAGGGGUGAUGUAGUGUCUCCUGAGUCUCUGCUGAUUGAGGAGUGUAGAGGAAGGACAGAUUCACGUUCAGCCCACCAUUAUCCAAAUAGUGUGUGUGUGUGUCUCUGUGUGUGUGUGGGUGUGUGUUUGGGUGUGUGAGUGUGUGUGUUUGUGUGUGUGUGUGUGCGCGCAAUGCGCAUACAACAAUGAUCUGAUUUGGUGAAGGGUUGCCAAGUUUGAGAAUUAAGAUAUUGAAAGGUUGACAGCAGAGGACAGUGAGAUGAAAAAUCCGCCCCCCUCUCCUCCACCGCACAGAGCAGAAUCCCUGGCAUUGGUUACCAGGCACAGGCUCUAUAGUGCAAUGGUUGCCAUGGCAAUGUGAACCAUCCAUACCUAGAAGUGGAGAGUAUGCAGUGCCGCUGAUGCAGUAGGCAGGCUGUCGUGAUGAGGCGAUGGGGUUUUCGAUCUUACAUUAUGGGAACCAGAGUGUUGGUGUUAACCCUGUCACUACCAUUAACACUGCACUGUAGCCUUCACACCAAUCCAUGGUCAUCCAUGGUUGGUAAAGUUACCGCUUACUGAUACAGCGCAUCGGUCUGCUAAUGCAAACCUGGAAAUUAGCAAUGGAAAUUAUUGACCCACUUAUAGUUAAAGUUCAUAAAGUGGUUUGUAAUUGUCAUACAUGAGAAUGAGUUAUGCUAUUUGAUAUUUUCAGAAGUACUUUCCUGCUUGAUUCUGACCCAACUGAAUGCUGCAUAAGGUCUUGAACAGUGUCUCUCUCCCAGCGCUGUUUUAAGAGUCUGGAAGUCAUAUUCAUAUUCAUGCAGAAUGUAUUCAGUGUUGGCACAACAAACAUGGAAGAUUGGGGAUAUGAGAGAUAAAAGCUUUUCAGUGAGAGAAAGAGAAAUCCAUUGCAAGAAAAUCAGUACAUGCAAAUUCUGUAAUUUUGUGAAGCAGUGAGAACAAAACACUAGGCUAAUUGGAAGAGAUCCCUAGCACGCAGGCUGACAGACUAUAACUGGGAUAAGACACGUUUUCUACCUCUUAGUAUUGUAUUUGUGGAUAGGUAGGUUUAAUCCAGUUCUAAUGCCUUCCUAAAGUAAGCUUCAUUUGACCACUUUGUCAGCAAACUUAUCUUUGGCACAUACAAACAUGUCUAAAGUUGAUUAAAAGGAAGGAUUAUUCUGUUUUGUAAGGCAGAGUGACAAGGUAGAGGCAAAGCAGUGUUUUUUCCCAGGACCAAGGACCAUUAGUCUCCCCCAUCCUGAGAGGCUGCAGUGCAACUGUCACUUUCCCUGUCAGGGCUACACUUGCUGCAUUUGAAGCUCCCAUGUCAGGACGAUAGGGAGACACUUUCUGUGUGAGUGUGAUUGUGUGUGUGUGUGCGUGCGUGUGUGUGUGUGUGUGUGUGUGUGUUUGUGAGUUAAGUAUAUGCAUACUCUUAAUCAGCUCUUCUGGUGUGCACUGUUCCAUUCUAUUCACCCUGUAUUCCCCCUUUCUCUCUCUCUGUCUCUCUCUCUUUAAUCUCAUCCCUUCCUUCCUCCCUCCUCCUCCAUGGGUAUCACUCAGCUUUGUGCUUAAGCCCAGGCCUAGUUCAGUUCUCCUGCUAACUGAUGUUUAGGGCUGCCAGAGAUUUGCUGUGAUCCAGUCAGGGACCUAGGGGACUAGGGACACUGAGGAACUGAUAUGCUGAGUCGGCCCGCUGGCGAAACACACUGUAAUUUUGUGUGAAGAUCUUUUCCCACUUGAAAUGGAUUUGAAUUUGACUCUACGAAGAGAUUAAAUGAAAGGUCCCUGUGGUUUUAGGUUUAUUCAGUUGAUGCAAAUAUAGCUCAAGUGAAAACCUUUAAUUAUCAUUCCAAUGAUCAAUUUAAUUUACUGUUUGCUUUUUUCUUCCUCAAUUCAUAGAGUCAUGUCAUUAAUCCUAUUUGACAAUGCCAAUCAUCAUUUACUCAAAUAGCAAAUGCUUUUUGUAUCUUAAUUAACGUUAUAUAGGAGAUCCAAACAUAAUUUGGGAGGAAAUUAUGCUGAUUAUGAAAUUCCGUUGUCUUUCAUUUUAAUUGUAAAACAUGUCAUGAGUCACUUAUUACACAUUAAAUUAGAGGAUGCAAAAUACAUUUUAUUUUGUUUCUAUAAUAGUUAAUGACUCAUAAAGUGUAUUCCUGUCACUUACUGUAGACGACAGGCGGACGUCCUCGGAGGCACGCUUUAGGGGUUGAUGGAGGAACACUUAGCAAGGUUUGAAACUUAAUGGAAACAGGAGGAUAACUUUUAAUUGAAAAGGGACUGACGAGGCACUGGCUGGUGCUGCUGAUGCUAUCUGCUGCGCCUGUCGGGUUCCAUUGUCAGGGUGUCCUCACCCUCCCCAGGCACAGAGGCCAUGCUACUUUUCAUUAACCUUUGUUAGUCCUAACCAGCCUGAUAGACAGGACUGCUGCAUGCCCCGUGACCAGACCAUGAGAUGGAAAUGAAGGCUGUUAGCCAUAGCUAAUCAUUCACUAGAAGACAAGGACACUAAUUGAUUUUAGCUGAUGCACUUUUUCUCUGCCCCACCUUUUCUUGUUCCAUAACGCUUUGUUCAAUAGAUUCCAUUAUACAGUAUGUCAUUUUCUGUCUAUUCGUUGUACCUCUCCGCCCCAUCCCUCCCUCUCUCAUGUCUGCCAAUCUAAUCUCUUUCUGUGAUGCUUUCCGUCCUUUCUAUUCACUUGUUCCUUUUUGGCACUUAUCCUUCCCCUCAUGUCUUUCACCUCUGCACUCCUCCGCUAUCUUUCUCUCUCAUCCCUCGUUCCUCUCGCAUCCCUCUGCAGGAGUACCAUGCCCAGCUGGAGGAGAUGCGCGUGGCCAUCAGGCAGCUGGAGGAGGACCUGUCUGCAGCCCGUCGUCGUAGUGACCUGUACGAGUCAGAGCUGAAGGAGUCCCGUCAGACCAGCGAAGAGCUGAAGAGGAAGGCAGCAGACUAUCAACAGAGGAUGCAGAAGGUUCUGGAGCUAUUCACUCUGAUAUUGAUCUCUUGACUCAGACCCACAUUCUGAGAAGUUGAAAGGCAUGUGUUGGUUUAACUGAUUUUCUGCUUUUUUUCUUACAGGCCAAGGAGCAAGGCAAAACUGACACGGAGGAGCUUCUGUCAAAGCUGGAGAUGGUACAGCUUCAGUUCCAUUGGCUCACUUGUUGACCUAUAUGAUUCCAUAUGAUCCUUCAAGGAAUGCUGUUCAGUCAGUGGUUAGGAGACAAAUGCCAAAUUAUAAAACAAAAGUUAUGUUAUCAUGACAUGAAUGAAACAAUGAAGAUGGUUUGGGACUAAAACUCAUAGGGACCAAGGAAUGUGCAGCUUAAAAGGUUGAUUUUCUCUAUCUUUCUCUUUCUGUUUCAGACCAAUACUGAACAGCAAGUGAAAAUUCAGGAUCUCCAAGAUAAGCUUACCAAGGUAGAAUAUUUUGGUUGAAAACUUCAUGGAUAAUUAAUUAAUAUUCAGCAUGUGCCGUGAGGGGAGAGGGGAUGCUCACCACACACAGACGUGAAAAGUCAUUUUUCUCUCCUGCUAAUGAUGCGUGUCAACUCCCCAUUGUCCUGUGAAGCAGAUGUUGAGUUGUGGCCUGAGAGUAAUUCAACUGUCUCCGCUAAAACCAUAAUUAGUCAGUUUCAGUUUAAUUGCCAGCUAUCCAACUAUUCUGCCCCUGUCAUACAAUGGCUGGUUUCUCCAUUUACUAUGUUUUAUAUAGAUUAAUAUUCAUUUAAUACCCUUUUCGAAAAAGUUCUACUUUUUUUAUCCAAAUGGAAUUCUCUAAGCUGUAUGGUCCCACAUUUUAGAGGCACAAUCAAUCACAUUUUCACCCAGUUAAUGGCUUAAAUUAUCAAUCAACUCUUUAGAGCGUUAACUACAACAGUUUAACGUUAUUUAAAUGUAAGAUAGAUGACAGACAGUGUUUGUUGUACCCCGGCCCAUAACACAGGCAGUGAAGGCAAGUAGUGAGACCACAGAUCUCCUCCAUAGUAUUCGGGUGGCUAAGGAGCGCAUGGAGCGUGAGCUGGAGAGGCUGCAGACCAAGGAGGACUCCAGUGACAGCCUCCGCAGACGCCUGAGGGAGACAGAGGUAUACAGUACUGACACACAUUAGACAAUAACUGCAAAGAAAGGACUAAUUGAAAGAGACCUGGAUAAACUCACUGUUACUGCUGGUAGCAGAUGUUCUCUAGCCUGAGCGGUGUGUGUAUGUGUGUGUGUCUGUCUAUGUGUGUGUGUGUGUGUGUAGGAUGGCAGGAAGACCCUGGAGAACCAGGUGAAGAGGCUGGAGAUAGUGGAGCGCAGGGAGAGUAAGCUGAAGGAGGACAUGCAGAGCAAGGCCCAGCAGAUCCAGCAGAUGGCUGAUAAAAUCAUGGUAAGGGGAGGGGAAAGAGGGCCCCUCAGUCCCCUUCCGGCCCUCACAACUUUGCCCCUUCGUUGGAGGAUUGCUCUCCAUCCGAGUGAGCAUCACACAAGCCCUCCAGGAGUAUGUGUGCUCACUGCUCAUACACACACACACACAUUCUCUCUAUUAGUUAUGCACACAUACUCACACACGUAUUAUUCAGUCUGUGCCAAAUCCUAACUUGAGAUCUGCAAGCGUAUGUGUAGUUUUUGCACAUCUCCACGUUAUGUGCGUGAAUCUCACAUUAGGAUUCGGCCUUCACGCUCUGGAGAUUAUUUAUAUCGUGCUAUCUCUCUGUCUCAGACCCGAAAGUGACAGAUUGUGAACACAGAUCAUUUUUAUUUUGUCUGAGAAAAAUUAUUUGUAGCAUUUUAUCCUUGCUGUACUGAAUAAUAUCAUGAUGUUGGGUCCUGAAUUGAAAAGGGUGAAUUAACAAUGUACUGUCACAUGUUUGUGUGUUUGUUUGCAUAGGACCUGGAGGAGAGACUUCGUGAGAGCCAGUCCACAGCCCAACGCGUGGAGACACACCUGGAGCAGAAGGAGAAGCUCUAUGAUGAGAAGAUCAAGGUAGAGCUUCAGAGCCUCAAGGGACCUUUACUAUUCAUCACAAACAUUCAGUACAGUAUAAUGUUAUGGGCUACUGGUGUAUUAACUUUGUUAUGGGAGGUUGUCGGCUACAACAAGAGCACAGAUUUCCUGGGCAGGUCCCUUGGAUCCCAGUUCUGGGCCUUGAUCCUGAGCUCUAGCAUGGUUGAUAUUGUGUUUUAUCUCUCUUAUAUUGACCAGGUUCUGGAGAACCAGAUGAAGGCAGACAUGGCAGAUAAGGAGAUGCUGGAAUCCAGUCAGAGCAAGUAUGAGGAGGAGGUCCAGGAGAAGUGCUGCAUCAUCAGUGAGCAGAAGGCGGUAAGAGCUGGCCAGCCUAGUAAGGAUGUGGCCAGGACAAUUUUUACAAUAAUCACAUGGACUUGGUUUAUUUUUCACAUUAAUCACACUGACUUGGUUUAUUAUAAACUUGCAAUAACCUUUUGCUAGGCAACUGUGAUAUAUUGUACAUGUGAUGUAUUGUUUUGACAAUAGUUGUGCAAACUGUCAGACAUGUUGAGGCUGCAUGUAAAUGUGUGUUGAAACCUGUCUCUUCUGUCCAUCCUAGACCAUCAAUGCCAUGGACUCUAAGAUGGCCAGCCUGGAGCAGAGGAUUGCCGAGCUGUCUGAGGCCAACAAACUGGCAGCCAACAGCAGUAUCUACACCCAGAAGAACAUGUGAGUGUUGUGGACUAUCUCAGGUAGUUACAUAGUUAGUUAGUUAGUUAGUUAGGAAGAUUGUCUACUGUGCUGCGUGUCUAUUUAUCUGUCUGGGCCUGACAGGAAAGCCCAGGAGGAGAUGAUCUCGGAGCUGAGGCAGCAGAAGUUCUACCUGGAGUCCCAGGCUGGGAAGCUGGAGGCCCAGAAUGCCAAGCUGGAGGAGCACCUGGAGAAGAUGAGCCAGCAGGAGCAGAGCAACAAGAGCCGAGUGCUGGAGCUGGAGACCAGGCUGAGAGAGGUGAGGAGAGAGCAAAGAGGAGAGGGGGAGAGGACGAGGGCAGACAGGGGAGGAGAGGGCAGAAAGGUUGGGGUCACAGGAAGGCGGAGAGUGAAGGUGAGAAGAGGAGGAGGAAAAGAGGGCAAGGAGCCAGGAGAGCAAAGAGGGAUGCCAGAUAGAGGGGUCAUGUAAGGUGAAAUGUCACGCUCCACUGUGGGUUGUUGAUUUGCCAGAUCAGCAUCUCUCUGACUCACUGAUCCAAUGGACUCUCUCCUUCCUCUUCCUGACUCCUUUCUGUCGCUCCCUUCCCUCGGUGUGUCCCUCAUGUCGUUAGAUGGGCCUGGAGCACGAGGAGCAGAAGCUGGAGAUCAAACGUCAGGUGACAGAGCUGACUCUGUCGCUGCAGGAGAGGGUGUCUCAGAUCAGCGGGCUGCAGGCGGCACGCCACUCCCUGGAGAGCCAGCUGCAGCAGGCCAAGUCAGAGCUGGAAGACACCACCGCUGAGGCUGAGGAGGAGAUCUGUGUUCUCAGAGUGAGUGCAGGAGGGCCAUACAUACCAGUCUACUGUUAUUACUCCUGUUAUUACUAUGCUAUUAUGAAGUACAGCAGUACUGACACCAAACCUGUCUCUCUAUCUGUCUGGUAGGCCCACCGAGAUGAGAUCCAGCGCAAGUAUGAUGCCCUCAGAGACAGCUGUGCGGUAUGCCAUCCCUUUGUAUCCCUUGUUUUCUCUCUCUCUCUCUAGUGCUGUCUUUAUCUUUCUCUCUGCUACCUCUCUUUACCCUGUCUCUUUCUCUCUCUUUCUAUUCUCUCUCACUCCUUUCAGAAUUAGAAGGCAUUAACUGAGUUGAAUCAGAUAAGAUCAGCUAUUAUAGAUUUCCAUUGGCCGUGUUUCCAGCCAUCACACUCAAUAAGGCCUUUGUUUUUCCAGGAUAAAAGGAGACCAUCAAUUAUGUUAUCUAUCUGUUUUCAAUCCUCACUGCUAUUUCUAUUAUUUUGAAAAAAAUCAAUUUGUUUUAUGCGGUUCCUCCAUAUCUUUUUGCCAAGAAUAGAACUAAGUCUUGUAUUUAGGUUGAUGUGAUUAAUAAUAUAUACCCAUAUCUUUGAUUUUCAUAUCUCUUUGUCAGCGAGCGCGUGAAAACUAACCCUGAGAAGAUGAGGUUAUUAUGUUGUGGUGGGGGAUUUAAAAACCUUCAAAGUCACAUAGUUUGAAUCACCACUGGGUCUCAUCAUGGUCUCUAUUUAUCCCCUUGCCCUACUUUUGUGAUCCUCCCACUCACAAGCUGUUGAGAAAGAGUAUUCUUCCUAGAUUCGGCUGGCCGGUAUUCAGGCAAUCAUUCCCAAGUUCGGAAACAAAUUGAGGUUGUUAUGCCUGGCUCCCCAUGUCUAUUUUUGUGUAUGGCACCAUUUGUUCUGUUCAGAUCCUUGAUGACACAGUACUUCUGGCAGCCCUGCACCAUUCAAAAACAACAGAAAUGAAACAUGGGCAAGGUUGCAUUGACAUGAAGUAGUAGUAUAUCAAUAACAGAUACUGUUAUGUACUGAUGACAAGUGUUCCGUAACAAGCCUGGAGGUAAAGGUCUGGGUCCUUUGUCUGUUGUUGGGAAUUAGCUAGGUUUUGUUUACACAUUUUUAGAGGGUAGUGAAUUCAAACCAAACCCACUGUAAUUAAUCACAAACAUUCGGAUGUUAGCACCAGUUUUUAUCUACCCUGGUUACUGCUACUAGACUGUACUGUGUUUCUGUGUAUCCUUUAAGGAAACUACAGAGCUUCAAACAUGUCUUGUUCUGGGGUGUGGUGGUGUGUUUGUGUUAUCAUGUGCACACAGUAGGAUGGAGAGAGUACAUUGCUGAUGGACAGAUCACGGCUUAUCAAUCCCAUUGUUGACCUCCCAUCUCUUAGUAUUUUGUCAUUUCUGUCAGUCCUCAGCCCCUAGGGCCUGCUAUAGAGAGAUGAUUUAUGUACAUAAAAGGUUUGUUCACUCCACUGCCCGGUAGUCCUACAUGGUACAGAGCAGCCAGGCUCCCCAGAAAGAGGAAUAACAUCUAACUCAGGUUCAGCCACCUCUAACCUUCAUUUGCAUAGAGUAUGCACACCAUUUAUCCUGGCUAAUUAAGAGGACAGAAUAGUGAUGAUGAAUUGAUUAUGCAGCUUCCUGCUCAGCCUGGAGAGAGACAUGAAGGCUGUCUAAGAGAAGAACGUUUCCAUGGAUAUAUAUCUCUAAUUGCAAAAUGGGUGCCUUAGUGUGCUGUAAUGCAUGUAGCAUUCACUGAAGGAAACUCACGUUGAUUGUCUCAAGUGUAUGGUAAUCCAGCGAUGCGCUGAGUGGGUUUCAAUUAAAUCCAUAUGUUCUGGUGAGGACUUUUCACUCUUAUCUGUCAACGGUCAUUUAAAUUAUGAAUCUUAUGCCCCUCCCCCCCUUCCCAUUAAUUGAUCAUUCUAUUUCACUACAUGGUGAACAGGUCCACCACUACAUCUUACAGUAGUAUACAUUGAAAUGAUAUACUGUUCUGUUGAGAGGCUGGUAAUAAACCUAGUAUAAUUCUCCUCCCUCCCUCCCUCCCUCAGGUGAUCACAGACCUGGAGGAGCAGCUGACCCAGCUAACCCAGGAGAACGCUGAGCUGAACAGACAGAAUUUCUACCUGUCCAAGCAGCUGGACGAGGCCACAGAUGAGACAGAGGAGCGCCUGCAGCUGGGCCAGGAUGUGGACCGCCUCCGCCGCGAGGUGGCUGACCGCGAGAUGCACCUCAACAACCAGAAACAGGUGUGACACAUACACUCACACUCACAUCCUGUACAGUUUACACACACUCUAACAUGUUUAUUUAUAUAUAUAUAAAAAAAUAUUAGGGGGUAGAUCAGCUUUAAUAUUGCAGAUAGAUUGUAACUUCCAUCAAUGUAAUUGUCUGCAUCACUUCCAAUCCCCCAUAUGUUUUUUUUUCUUCUCGCAAAUAUAUAUAUAUAUACAUAUACAUACAUACACAUACAUAUACACAUACAUAUAAAUACAUAUACAUAUUCUUUAAAAAAAUAUAUUUCCCUUUAUUACUUUCCAACCCCACCACCCUUUCCCUAUUUGGAGUAAACUAGUGAACAACAAUACUUAGGCCUCUACUUCCAGCUUAUACAUACUAUAUACAUUUUAUGGACACAGUCAAUUUUACAAUAAUUGAACUUCCUCUACCCUCAACCUCUCCGAUCAUUUUCAUGAUGUCCAUCCAGUUUGCUUCUAAAUGCCAUAUCUUUCUAAAUGUGCUCUUUCAUAAAAGCUCUCAACCUAUAACCUAUUUACUUAUUAUGGACACAGUAUGCUUUACAUUAGUUAUCUUGUUGUUAUUAGUUGUUGUUAGUUGUUAUUAGUCCCAUCCUUCAACUCCAUUCAACACCUUCAAUCUAUCUCUUAACACCAUCCAUAUUGGAUUUCUAUUUGCCAUAUAUUUUUCAACUGUACUGUGAUGUUUUACAAAAGUUCUGAACCCUUCUAUUCUCAUUGUUUCUACAGAUUGUAAAUUGAAAAUAAACAUUAUAUUGGUAGCAAGGAUUUUGUAUAAUAACUUAAAUUGGAAAAUUCUAAGUUUUGAAUGCGGCGUCGUUUUGCGUAUCAGUUCAUAAACACAAUGCCAUGGAAUCGGUAUGUCAAAAAUCUCUUCCCAACUAUUUUGCAAUCUAUAUGGGAUGGCUGUCAAUCCUUUGGUCCUUAAAUGAAACUGGUAUACUUUUUUAUUUAUCACCAUUUUCUUUAACCAAUUAUGUUCUUUAAUGAAGGGCCGACAGACAAGUUCCUUACUUUUUCCCCCUUCCACUUUCCUCUUCCAUUUUUGCGGUAAUGCUGCAAUUAUUUGGUUGUAAUUUUGGGUAGAGCAGACAUUUCCAUAUGUUUUUGUUAGCUGCAUGUGCGACAUAACUCCACCAGUCCUACCUAUGAUAUCAUUUACAAAGAUUAUACCUAUUUUUUUUAAAUCAAAACAUUAUGUUUUUUUAUCAAUUAGUAUAUUUGAGUUUAACCACAACAUUUGUUGCAUUAUUUGUUCUGUCGUUUCUGGAGGAUUAAAUUGAAAUUGCAACCAACUUUCUAUGGCUUGUUUUAGAAAUAGUGAUAUUUGGGAGAUUAAUUCCUUUUAAAAUAACUGAAAGUGAGUGGAUGUAAUCUGAAUAAAGGGAAAAAGGCCUUUCUUGAACAUUGGGUGAGACAAUCUUACUAAUUUGCUAGAGAACCAGUUCGGAUUUAAGUAUAACUUUUAUAUGACUGAAGCGUUUAGUGAUAGGUCUAAUGCUUUAAUAUUUAAUAAUUUCUGUCCUCCGAAUUCAUAUUCAUUAUAUAAAUAGGCUUGUUUAAUUUUGUCUGGCUUGCCGUUCCAAAUAAAAUUGAAUAUUCUUUUCUCAUAUAAUUUAAAAAACGGUUCGCUAGGCGUAGGCAAGACCAUAUGCAAAUAGGUAAACUGUGAUAAUACUAAAGAGUUAAUCAGGGUGAUUUUUCCACAAAUUGACAGGUAUUUACCUUUCCAAGGUAGCAAGAUCUUAUCUAUUUUUGCAAACUUUCUAUUAACAUGUAUUGGAGUGAGAUCAUUUAUUUUAUUUGGGAUAUGUAUUCCGAGUAUAUCCACAUCACCAUCAGACCAUUUUAUUGGUAAACUACAUGGUAAUGUAAAAUCUUUAUUUUUUAGUGAUCCAAUACGUAAUAUAGUACAUUUGUCAUAAUUUGGUUGUAAUCCAGAGAGGUUAGAAAAUGUAUCUAGAUACUCUAUGAGGCUGUGGAGGGAUUCAAGUUGUGGAUUUAAAAGAAAACAUGAAUCAUCAGCGUACAAUGACACCUUUGUUUUUAAGCCCUGGAUUUCUAAUCCCUUGAUAUUAUUGUUGGAUCUGAUUUUAAUAGCUAGCAUUUCGAUGGCCAUAAUAAAUAGAUAUGCUGAUAGUGGACAACCUUGUUUCACUCCUCUUGACAGUUUAAAACUUUAGGAGAAAUAGCCAUUAUUUACUAUUUUACACCUAGGGUUACUAUACAUGAUUUUAACCCAUUUUAUAAGAGAUUCUCCAAAAUUGAAAUGCUCCAGGCAUUUAUAUAUAAACCCCAAUUGUACUUUAUCAAAUGCCUUAUCAAAGUCUGCUAUGAAUAGCAGGCCUGGUUUCCCAGAUUUUUCAUAGUGUUCUAUUGUUUCCAGUACUUGCCUUAUAUUAUCUCCAAUGUAGCAUUCACUGAAGGAAACUCACGUUGAUUGUCUCAAGUGUAUGGUAAUCCAGCGAUGCGCUGAGUGGGUUUCAAUUAAAUCCAUAUGUUCUGGUGAGGACUUUUCACUCUUAUCCAAUGUAUCGUCCAUGUAAAAAAACCUGUCUGAUUAGAAUGAAUAAUGUCCGACAAUACCUUUUUAAUUCUAUGCGCUAUUCAUUUUGCUAGAAUUUUUGCAUCACAACACUGAAGUGUAAGGGGCCUCCAAUUUUUUAAAUGGACUGGAUCUUUAUAUUUUCCACUUGUAUCCUGUUUCAGUAAUAAAGAAAUCAGAUUUUCUUCUUGAGUGUCUGAUAAUCUACCAUUUACACAGGAGUGGUUAAAACAUGCUAAUAACGGUCCUCUGAGUAUAUAAAAAAAGGUUUGGUAUACCUCGACUGGUAUGCCAUCCAACCCUGGAGUUUUCCCGGACUUAAAGUCUUUCAUUGCAUUCAGAAGUUCCUCCUCUGUAAUUUCACCUUCACAUGAGUCUUUCUGUAUGGCUGUUCAUUUUACAUUAUCAAUAGAAAAAAAUCUCUACAAUUAGCUUCAGUUAGAGGAGAUGGAGAUGGAGGCGACUGAAACGAAAACAUAUGCUUAAAGUACUUUGCUUCCUCCUUCAAAAUAUAAUUUGGUGAAUCAUGGGUGACUGUCAUUUGUAACCAGUUUCAGUAAAUUAUUUUUGGUAGCAUUUCUAUGUUGAAGAUUAAAAAAGAAGUUGGUGUAUUUUUACCCAUAUUCCAUCCAGUUUGCUUUUUCUUUUUGUUUUUCCUCUAAUUUAUUCUGAGCCUCUAUGUUACAGUUUUUAUUGCUAUUUAUCUGUUCUGUUAGACCUUCUAUUUCCUUUGUUAGUAUGGACUCUUUUGACCUAAAUUGCUUUUGUUUUCGAGAUGAGUACUGAAUUGCAUGGCCUCUAAAGGCACAUUUAAAAGUGUCCCAUACAAUAAGGGGAUUUGCUGUACCUAUGUUAUGUCGGAAGAAAUCAGUUAUACAUUUCUCUGUCCUAGUUAAAAAUAAGUUAUCAUCCAAUAGGCUUUGAUAAAAUUUCCAAUCUCCUUGCCCACGUGGAAAUUCAGUAAGAGUAAUGUAUAUGCCAAUUAUAUGAUGGUCCGACCGCAUUCUGUCCCCUAUCAACACUUUUUACGUUUGGUGCCAACGAGAAUGACAUAAGAAAGAAGUCAAGACGACUAGCUUGAUUGAGUCUCCGCCAUGUAUAUCUCACUAGAUCAGGAUAUUUAAACGUCUGCUAAAUGACUAAAAUGUAAAUGUAAAAAAAUCUACUAGUUCUACUGUAUCCAUGACAUUCACGAUUUCCUUAAGAGCAUGAGGGUGAUAGUUUGUAGUGUGAUUUCCUUUACGGUCCAUUGAGCUAUUUAAAACGGUAUUAUAAUCUCCCACCAUAAUAAUAGAGUCUUGUAUUGCUUGCAGGGUUGAUAAUUUAUUAUAUACAUUGUCAAAGAAGUGUGGAUCAUCAUUAUUUGGUCCGUAAAGGUUAAUGAGCCAUAUCUGUUUAUGGUCCAAUAACAUAUUUAAAAUAAUCCAUCUACCUUGCGGAUCACUCUAACAUGUUACCGGAAUCUGUUAAGAGAGCUCACUCUCUCUAGUUUUCUCAUGUUCUCUUUUCCCCUCAAUUCAAUUCAAUUCAAUUCAGUUAAAUAGGCUUUAUUGGCAUGGGAAACAUAUGUUUACGUUGCCAAAGCAAGUGAAAUAGAUAAUAAACAAAAGUGAAAUAAACAACACAAAAUUUACAGUAAACAUUACACAAAAGUUCCAAAAGAUUAAAGACAUUUCAAAUGUCAUCAAAUGUAUAUAUACCCCUCCCCCCUUCCCAUUAAUUUAUCCUUCUAUUUCACUACAUGGUGAACAGGUCCACCACUACAUCUUACAGUAGUAUACAUUGAAAUUAUAUACUGAUGUGUUGAGAGGCUGGUAAUGAACCUAGCAGUGGGGGCUGGUGGGAGGAGCUAUAGGAGGACAGGCUUACUGUAAUGGCUGGAAUGGAAUAAAUGGAAAGGUAUCAAACACAUCAAACACAUGGAAACCACAUGUUUGACUCCAUUCCAUCAAUUCCAUUCCAGACAUUACAAUGAGCCCAUUCUCCUAUAGCUCCUCCCACCAGCCUCCACUGGAACCUAGUAUAAUUCUCCCUCCCUCUCUCCCUCCCUCCCUCUCCCUCUCCCUCUGUCACACCCUGGUUCUGGGACUCAUUAUGUUGAGCCAGGGUGUGUGCAUUCUAUGUGUUUAUUUCAAUGUUGGUAGUUCUGUUGUGUCUAUUUCUAGGUUGUUGUAUUUCUUUGUUUGUAUGACUCCCAAUCGGAGGUAACGAGUGUCAGCUGUCGGCUCGUUAUCUCUGAUUGGGAGCCAUAUUUAAUCUGUAUGUUUUCCUGUGGGUGUUGUGGGUUUUUGUUCCGUGUUCGGUUAGUGUAACCGUUUUGGACUUCACAAGUCGUGUUUGGUAUACUUUAAUAUAAUAAAGUCAUGUUCGUUUCACACGCUGCGCCUUGGUCUACUCUCCUUUACGACGAUCGUGACAGAAAAACCCACCACAACGAGACCAAGCAGCGUUUCCAGGAGUUGGAUGACGAGUGGUGGAGACAGAAGAGCGAAGGUUGGGAGAGGACUAUAGAGGCCUGGUCCACGGAGAGGAGAGACCCCCAGAAAUUUUUUAGGGGGGGGCUCACGACGUCGGGGCAGCAGGAGUACGGGUUAGAGGAGUGCAGUAGGUUGGCAGAAAAGGCCGCCAGGUUAAGGGGGCCACUGGUCACGAAGGGGAAGGAAGGUGUGGAGGCACGGCAAAGGGUACUGGGGUGUGUUACCAGUCCGGUCCGGCCCGUUCCUGAUCCCCGUGUAGGGCCAGGGGUGUGUGUCCUCAGUGCGGUCCUGUCUGUUCCUGUUUCUCGCAUGGAGCCUGUGGUGCGCGUCGCCAGCCCAGCCCGGCCUGUUCCUGCUCCCCGCACCAAACCUGUGGUGCGCGUCGCCAGCCCGGCCCGGCCCGUUCCUGCUCUCCGCACAAAGCCUAUGGUGUGCGUCGCCAGCCCAGCCCGGCCUGUUCCUGCUCCACGCAAAAAACCUACGGUGUGCGUCGCCAGCCCAGCCCGACCUGUUCCUGCUACUCGCACCAAGCCAAGGGUGCGAGUCGCCAGCCUGGUCCAGCCCGUUCCUGCUACUCGCACCAAGCCAAGGGUGCGAGUCGUCAGCCUGGUCCAGCCCGUUCCUGCUACUCGCACCAAGCCAGGGGUACGAGUCGUCGGCCUGGUCCAGCCCGUUCCUGCUACUCGCACCAAGCCAAGGGUGCGAGUCAUCAGCCGGGUUCAGCUCGUCCCUGCUACUCGCACCAAGCCAAGGGUGCGAGCCGUCAGCCUGAUCCAGCCCAUUCCUACUACUCGCACCAAGCCAGGGAUGCGAGUCGUCAGCCUGGUGGGGCCCGUUCCGGCUCCACGCAUCAAGCCUAGGGUGCGUAUCGUCUGUCAGGUCCGGUCCGUUCCUGCCUCACGCGCCAAGCCAGGGGUGCGCGUCGUCAGUCCAGAUCCUACCAGCUGGGUCAGAUCGGACUGGGGGCGCUACGGGGGGAUUGAAGAAGGGUGGUGGUCAAGCCCGGAGCCGGAGCCGCCUCCGAGGAGUAAUGCCCUCCCCUGUUUGGGGUUUUUGAGGCGCGGUCGCAGUCCGCGCCUUUAGGGGGGGGUACUGUCACGCUCUGGCUCCGGGACUUUGUAUGUUGAGCCAGGGUGUGUUCGUUUCGUUGUGUUUUGUUUGGUUGGUUUGUCAUUGGUUGUGUUUGGUCAAAUGACUCCCAAUCGGAGGUAACGAGUGUCAGCUGUCGGCUCGUUAUCUCUGAUUGGGAGCCAUAUUUAAACUGUCUGUGUUCACCUGGUAUUUGUGGGUUUUUGUUCUAUGUUCAGUCGUUGUCACUGAGGACUUCAUGAUCGUGUUUUGUUUUGUAUUCUCGUGUAGUUCAUUAAAGUAAAUAUGUUCGCUACCAAUGCUGCGCUUUGGUCCUAUUUCAUAGACGAUCGUGACAGAAAAACCCACCACAAAAGGACCAAGCAGCGUGUCCAGGAGCAAGGUGAUUGGACAUGGGAGGAAGCGCCGGGUAAGGAGAUCGAGAGGCUGGCGAUGGCCCAGGUGGGCAAAUCGUGGUCCUGGGAGGACAUGCUCGGGGGCAAGGGACCUUGGGGGAGGAUCAAGGCCCUGGCGAGAGAGGAGCAACGGCGUCAGCAGGGCCAUCAUCGGAGGGACGAGAGGCAACCCCAAGAAAUUUUUAGGGGGGGGCACACGGCAUGGACGACGGAGGCAAAGAUGGGGCGAAUCCAGGAGGCCACCAGGCCAGGGGUACACCGCCCUGUACGUCCUGUGCGGAUGCCUCACACAGAGUGUGUGAGGGUAGGCAUUCAGCCAGGACGGGUGGUGGCCGCUGUUCACUCCAGGCCUCCUAUCCGUCUCCACAGCCCGGUCCGGCCUGUUCCUGCCACCCGCACCAAGUCUACGGUGUGCGUCGACAGCCCAGUCCGGCCUGUUCCUGCCACCCGCACCAAGUCUACGGUGUGCGUCGCCAGCCCGACCCGGCCUGUUCCUGCCACUCGCACCAGACCUACGGUGCGCGUCGCCGGCCCGACCCGGCCUGUUCCUGCCACUCGCACCAAGCCUACGGUGCGCGUCGCCAGCCCGGUCCGGCCUGUUCCUGCCACUCGCACUAAGCCAGGGGUGCGAGAAGUCAGCCUGGUAAGGCCCGUUCCUCCUCCACGCACCAAGCCUACGGGGUGCGUCGUCAGCCCUGUCCGGCUCGUUCCUGCCCUCCGCACCAGGUCUGUGUUGCGCGUCGCCAGCCCAUUCCGGUCCAUUCCUGUUCCACGCACCAAGCCAGGGGCGCGUGUCGUCAGUCCGGCUCCGGCCAGCGGGGCUAGACAGGACCAGGGGUACUGUGGGGGGUGUAUCGGAGGGUGGUGGUCUAGGCCGGAGCCAGAACCGCCACCGAGGAGGUAUGCCCGCCCAGCCCUCCCCUGUUUGGGGUUUUUGAGGCGCGGUCGCAGUCCGCGCCUUUAGGGGGGGGUACUGUCACACCCUGGUUCUGGGACUCAUUAUGUUGAGCCAGGGUGUGUGCAUUCUAUGUGUUUAUUUCAAUGUUGGUAGUUCUGUUGUGUCUAUUUCUAGGUUGUUGUAUUUCUUUGUUUGUAUGACUCCCAAUCGGAGGUAACGAGUGUCAGCUGUCGGCUCGUUAUCUCUGAUUGGGAGCCAUAUUUAAUCUGUAUGUUUUCCUGUGGGUGUUGUGGGUUUUUGUUCCGUGUUCGGUUAGUGUAACCGUUUUGGACUUCACGAGUCGUGUUUGGUAUACUUUAAUAUAAUAAAGUCAUGUUCGUUUCACACGCUGCGCCUUGGUCUACUCUCCUUUACGACGAUCGUGACACCCUCUCCCUCUCUCUCUCUUCCUUUCACACACACAUUUCAUUUCACAUACCCCUAAACACACAAACUCACACACAUCUCUCCUCACUACUCAACAAUCAAUUACAGGUGACACACACACACAAACAGACACACACACUUCACCAGCUAAUGUGAUUAAGUGGAGUUUACAUCAGGCAGAAGAUACUGGACUGUUCUUUUGUUAUGUAGCUCUAGCUCAGUGAGCAGAGAGAGGAGAGGAGGCUGUUGUGAGGCUGUGCUCUGCCUCUGUGAGAGGUGGUGUGUGUAGGCGUUCAGUAGCCAGAUCUCUCAAUCUCUCUGUCCUAGCUAGUGGUUGUGUAACCAGGGAUGGAAGUCAUAGAUGAGGGAUCCGACCGUGAGUGGGAGGGAUGUGUCAUCCACAUCGUUCCCAGGUAGUGUCAGCCCUGGAUGCGUGGACUUCAGAGGGCCAUGGUGCUGCUGCAGUUAUAUUUGUAUCCCAGUGUUUGUCUCAAGCAGAGGAAUAGGAAGCAUAAAAACCUAGCUCAGUAUGAGCCCAUGCACAUUGUCGAAAUGUAUUGCAUUCAUGAAUCUAUAAAACUCUCAAAAAACGUUUAACUGUGGCGCACAACCUAUUGAUUAUCAGAAUAUGACAAUACUGAUGUUGGUUUGGGAUAGUAUGUCCAUUACGCAGAGGGCUGUCUUCAUUAAGACCACAAAACGGCAAAAGAAAGUUCCUUAAAUAGUUGUCUUAGUGUACGUUUUUUUUCCUGCAAUCUCUCUGUGUUGUUCAUGUUGUCUGUAAGAACAGAACAGACCAGUUGAAAGUUAAACAGUUGAAUAGCAUGCCUUCUAUUCUCCUAUUCUCAUGUAACCCCUCCUAUGUGUUCCAUGUCCUGUGUCAGAACAUUGAGACACUGAAGACCACGUGCACCAUGCUGGAGGAGCAGGUCCUGGAGCUGGAGACCCUGAAUGAUGAGCUGCUGGAGAAGGAGAGGCAGUGGGACGCCUGGAGGGGAACCCUGGAGGACGAGAAGAACCAGGCUGAGAGGAGGACAAGGGAGAUCCAGAGACUGCUGGACAACGAGAAGCAGAACAGGUAACACAAACACACACACACACCAACAUACAAACACACACACACUCAUAUGGUCCCCUCUCUGAUUCCUGUUCAGGCUGCGUGCGGACCAGCGCAACUCGGAGGCUCGUCAGUCUAUUGAACAGGCAGUGAAGGAGCACAAGGCUGAGAUCCUGGCCCUGCAACAGGCCCUCAAGGACCAGAAACUCAAAGCAGAGAGCCUCUCUGACACAGUGAGCCUUACGUGUAUACCUGUUCAUCUCUCUCUCUCUGUCUGUCUGCCUGUCUGUCUAAAGCAGACCUGUACAUCUUUUCUUGCCUCUGGCCCUCUAGCUGAAUGAACUGGAGAAGAAGCAUGCCAUGCUGGAGAUGAAUGCCAGGAGUCUGCAGCAGAAGCUGGAGAGUGAGAGGGAGCUGAAACAGAGGCUGCUGGAUGACGUGGGUUAUGUUUUCCUCUCAUUCUGUGUGUGUUGUAUUUGAGUUAUUAAUAUCAUGUCAUGUUAAAAAUGCCUCUGGUAUAAUCCAGUAUGUUUGUGUGUCUUGUGAGAAGUGAAAUAUCACAUCAUGUUUAUACUGUUUGUGUCCCUCCACAGCAAGGAAACCUGCAGCAGCAGAUGGAUGUUCAGAAGAGCCACAUCUUCCGGCUGACCCAGGGCCUGCAGGACGCUCUGGACCAAACUGACCUGCUGAAGACUGAGAGGACUGACCUAGAGUACCAGCUGGAGAACAUCCAGGUACAGCUACACACACACACUCACACACACGCACAAACACACACACGCAAACACACGCAUGCAUGCGCAAACACGCACAAACAUAAACGCACACACACUCACGCGCAUACACACACAAAUGCAUGCACGCGCACACACACACACAGUCUUGCACGCACACACACACACACACACACACACACUCACACACACACACACACACAAACACACACACACACAUACACCCAGAGAGGUACAUCAGUAGAAAUUCAUUGCAUUAGUAAUGUUCACUUAGCUCCACCUGCAGGCUGUGUUCUCCCAUGAGAAAGUGAAGUUGGAGGGGACCAUCACCCAGCAAUCCAAACUCAUAGACUUCCUCCAGGCCAGGGUGGACCAGGGGGGCUCCAAGAAGAAAAAGGUGAGACAGGACAGCUCACAACACAGGUACAGUGACACAGAGUACAUGAAUACAUACAUUAUCAUUUAUAGAGCACAUUUAACUAGCGUUUGCUAUGGACCUUUUCAUUUUACUCAGAAUGUUUGCCAGUGACAGUUAUUAUGUGUGUGUGUGUAUGUGUUUGUCCCAGGGUCUAUUUGGUCGGCGCAGAGAAGACCUGCUGGCUGCCAUGGCGGCCCAGGGCCAGUCCCAGGUGCCCCAGCAGGUGUCCCCUGUACCCUCUGUGCAGCCGGUGCCCCUGCAGUACAGCGACAUGAAGAUGGCCCUGGACAAGGAGCGCUCCCGCUGCUCUGAGCUGGAGGAUACACUGCAGAAUAUGAGACUGGAGCUGCGCUCCCUACGAGAGGAAGGUAAGGACACUGUCAUCUCAAACAGGAAAUAAUCCCACUAAAGACCACUGCUGUAGUCCAGCGCAUGCUAUCUCACUACAAGCAGCACAUCAAACUCACACCAGGGCCAAACACCACUCCCUUGUGACUUUCCUUUGAUUCCUCUCUCUCUCUCUCUCUCUCCUCCUAGAUGCCCUUCUCUCUCUCUCUCACGGAGCCUACAUCCUUUCCUCUCUUCCUUUCGCUUUCGCUCUAUCCCUCUUCUAUCUCUCUCGAGCGAUAGAGUCUCUCUCUAGAAAGAUCUCCGAGAUGAUCUCUCUCUCAAGAAACUCCUCCAACCUCCAUCCCUCACAUCCCGGUCUCUCCGAGCUCUUUUUCGCUGCUCUCUCCUCUCUGAGACCUCUCUCUCUCUCGCUCUUCCUCUCUCUCCUCUCUUCUCUCUUCUCUCUCGCCUCUCUCUCUCCUCUCUUCUCUCUCGCUCCUCUCUCUCUCCUCUCUCCUCUCUCCUCUCUCGCUCCUCUCUCUCUGUGUGUCUCUCACUCUCACACAUAUACACACAUUCAGCAGUCCAAUACAAGCCUGUGGACCAUGGUGGUACCCCUGCUACCCCUGGCACAACGCGGCAGCAGAUGAUGAUGUCUGCUAUGGUGAAGUCUCCUGAGCACCAGCAGGGCCCGAGCAGCCUGCUGGCUACCUCUAACUCUGGCCGCAGGAAGGAGGUUGCCACCCCCGAGGGUGAGUCCUUCUGGAGAAGAAAAGGGGGAGUGUUUAUGCCCAGCUAACACACACUGCACCAGAUGAGACCUCUGUGUGGCCUUCAGCAGUGUGUCCAUAUUUCCAUAUAAUGCAGUAUAAUUAAAGUGAUAGACCACCCCUGACAUAAUGAAGAUACUUUCCUGAUGGCCACUACUGUCCUACAAAACUUCCUCUUCCUUCUAAUGCCUUAGACCUUUGUCAUUUUCCUCUCACACUCAACAGAGAGAAGGAGGGUCACUUUUGAAAGUAAGUUCUCCUAACUCAUGGAGCACUCGAUUUGCUAUCCCCUCCCCUUUUGCCUCUCUACAACACUCCGAAUGGGCCAGAUUUUAAAAGCUCUGCACUAGGAUCAAGUGGCAGAUGUUUCUUUAGAGUAUGGUAUGCUAAGUUCUGGUUUCUAACGCUUGUAUUGGAGUUUCCACUUUCCAGUAAUGCCUCUCUACUGAAUUAUUCAAGCUCUGAAGUUAGUAUUCACCAAUGAAUAAUUGAAGUAUUUUCAUCUAAUGUAACUUUAUAAUAUAUAAUAUGCCAUUUAGCAGACGCUUUUAUCCAAAGCGACUUACAGUCAUGUGUGCAUACAUUUUUACGUAUGGGUGGUCCCGGGGAUCGAACCCACUACCCUGGCGUUACAAGCGCCAUGCUCUACCAAUUGAGCUACAGAGGACCACACUUUACAUGUCGUAACAUACAUAAAUCAUAAAUACAUUUUUCUUGGUAGCUUAUGGUAAAAGGGUCUACCACCAUGUUGGAAUAUUGUAUAAAUGUUCAUUCCUGGCCGCAGUCAGGUAAAUAAAUAAUUGUAGAAAUUUAAUUCAAACCAGCAGAUUGGAUGAUUGGACAUUACCAGCUAACAUAAAAUCAACAUAUCAUGUUAAAAAAGCCAUUAUUUGUUUGUGACACACAGUGUAUGUGUCUGUAUUCUACUUGGAUAGAUGAGACUGAAAACAUUUAUGUAGUUCUCUGUUGUUGAGCUAAACUUUCCUCCCUCUAAGUGCACAGCUUUGGAAAUCUGAAGCAAUUACCUUUACUUCUGUUUGCCUACACUCCAAUCCAUUGACUCUCACACAGCUAUCUGCCCUGCACCUUAAACCACUGCAACCCAACCCAGACCUGCACACCUUACACAGGCCAGUUUUCUUUUCACCUUAUACCGCAAUGUUGGAACCACAGGAGGUUGGUGGCACCUUACUUGGGGAGGACGGGCUUGUGGUAAUGGCUGGAGCGGAAUAGGUGGAAUGGUAUCAAAUACAUCAAACACAUGGUUUCUUUGUGUUUGAUGCCAUUCAAUUCACUCCGUUCCAGCCAUUAUUAUGAGCCGUCCUCCCCUCAGCAUCCUCCACUGGUUGAAACAUAUUCCUCCAGUUCCCUCAAUGAGAAGAUUCCUGGAUGCAUGUGUUAAGUUCCAGUCAUGAACUGAUCACUGGUGGAUGAUGGGAUCAAUAUGAUUUACCUUUUUAUUUCAGAUCUUCUUAUCUUUAUCGUUGCCUCACUUGCACAACUGACAUGGCAUGGUGCACUGAUUUUUUGUUGUUGUUGAAAAAUGAUAAUUGUGGUUGCUAUGGAUACUUUCCCUCCUCACUGUCUUCCCUGGCUGUGUUCAGAGUAUGGCCAUCGCAUGAAGGACAGUCAGAGAGACAGGGAGAGGGAGAGGGGGAGGCAGAGGGAGAGCAUUCACCACAACACCCCUCACCGCUUCACCGUGGGACUCAACAUGAGGGCUGCCAAGUGUACUGUGUGCCUGGAUACCGUGCACUUUGGUCGCCAGGCAGCCACCUGUGUUGGUAUGUUACGUUCCAACCAUCCACUCCCCAUCACAAUGAUCAGGCAUGGCACAUUUCUGUUGAGCAAGGCUUUUUCAGAAGGGUGGCCAGUACAGUAUUGUGUUUCUGGCAUUCCUAGUUUUUAACAGUAUUUUAUUCUCUCCUUCAGAAUGUCAUGCCUUGUGCCAUCCAAAAUGCUCCCCCUGCCUUCCUGCCAUGUGCGGCCUGCCUGGGGACUGUGCCCUGCACAUGGCUGAGGCACUGUGCCGGGACAAAGGCAGUUCUCCUGGCCUGCAGCUCAAAGAGGCCAGCGGACAUGUUCGCCUGGAGGGCUGGAUGAAGCAGCCAAGGUGGGUCUGGUAACUCUGGUGUGUGGACUUCAUACCCACUACUACUGUGAAACAAAUUUGACUAAUAGGACUAUACUAUAGAUCAACAUUGCCUGUCUGCUUGCCCUUCAAGUUGAUUCAAUUUAGACUGAUUGCUAAUCCCUCCUACUGUAUUUGAUCUGAGAUGGCUCUUUAGUGCUAAAGUAUAGUUGUAGGCUACAGUAUUAUCCUCAUCUGUUCUAGGCAUUGACUAUCUCUGUGAUAGUCUAUGCUGCGGGCCCUGUGACAGACAUGUAUGUUCUGUAGGAAUGGGAAGCGUGGCCAGGGCUGGGAGAGGAAGUAUGUGGUGCUGGAUGGGACCAAGGUGACCAUCUACGAGACAGAGUCCAGAGAAGGUCUCACUCCCUUUCCUGUCCCUACAGUACAUAUGAUUAUGAAAUAGGUUGAACUCUUUUUUUUUACAAUUCAUUCUUAUUCUAUUUAGCUUACAGUGUUCUUGAUUGAUGCCAGUUGGUGCCUUUUAGUCUGUGUAUUUCUUAGUGCAUUUUGAUUUCCCUCUGUUUGUGUUGUUCAGACUCAGUGAAGCCACUGGAGGAGUUUGAGCUGUGUCUGUCUGAUGGAGAGGUGAUGGUGCACGGGGCUGUAGGGGCGUCUGAGCUGCCCAACACGGCCAAGUCAGGUACACCAAACUUAGGCUAUUAUUAACUUAUUAGUAGUAUCAUGAUCUGUGCUUAGGAAUGAACUGUCCCCUCGUUCCCUCACUGUGCUGUGGUGUGUGUAGAUGUGCCGUAUGUGCUGAAGCUGGAGUCCCACCCCCACACCUCGUGUUGGCCUGGACAGACUCUGUACUUCAUGGCUCCCAGUUUCCCAGACAAGCAGCGUUGGGUGGCCGUGCUGGAGUCUGUGGUGGCAGGGGGGCGAGCAUCUCGGGAGAAGGCUGAGGCAGAUGCAGUGAGUACCACAGUACUCACCACUAUGGAGUUAAAUUAGUAGAAUUAUUUACUGACACACAUAUGCACAAACCCUAAACCUUACCCUAGCCCCAGUGGUGGAAAAAGUACCCAAUUGUCAUACUUAAGUAAAAGUAAAGAUACCUUGAUAGAAAAUGACUCAAGUAAAAGUGAAUGUCAUCCAGUAAAAUACUACUUGAGGAAAAGUCUAAAAGUAUUUGGUUUUAAAUAUACUUAAGUAUUAAAAGUAAAUGUAAUUGCUAAAAUAUACUUAAGUAUCAAAAGUAAAAGUAAAAGUAAAAUAAUUUACAAUUCCUUUGAAAUCCUCUUAGAUGUAAAGUCCCCUGUUUAGGGGAUCUGCGUGGUUCUGGUACCGGUUCCGACCGACAUUUUCGCUUAUAAAUCGAUCUGUGGACACCGUAGAUCGAAUUAGUUUGCAUUGAGCGAUAGCCCUGGUCCCACGGACACAGAGUAUAUUUUCUGAGCCUGUGUGACGUAGGAUGUGAAAUCAUGAAACCACUUGAAACUGGGAUAGAUGUGCCUCCUACCAUUUAAUUCGCUCUUCCGACUGUCCAUCAACUCCUGGCUGAACCAUAUAUCACAUGCCUGCAAUCGUUACAUCCUAGUGCAGCAGGAGAGAGUGGCGUCAUCACGGUAGCACUUUCAGUCAGAGAUCGAUUUAUAGCCAUUAAUCUAAAAUAAUUAUUAGAUUUUGAACAAAAAACACUUUCUGGUUGUCACAAGAUUAAUAUGAGAUGAAAGGCAGGUUCCUACCGAGUUCAGGAAGACAAGCUCUGUGAGACGUUCACAACGAUGUGGGCAGACGUUUUGAAUAAGAGAGACCUUUAGAAAAUAUGCACAUUUUCUCUAAAACUAAACAUACAAAUAUGUAUUUUACAGUUAUAAGGAAAGUGAAAUCUUAUAGUUAGUCAUUUUAUAAUUUGAUUUACUAUAUUUAGAAAGCAUAUAAGUCAUUUCAAGCCCUAUUCAUACAUUUUUGUUGAAUAGGAAAUAAAUCAUAUAAAAUAUUUCAUAUUUUCCUAUUCUUUCUGGGAUUAUGUAGAUUACAUUUUCGAUUACAUUUAGUUACAUUUAACUGGUUUAAGCAAACCAGAAGGCACAAUUUUCUUGUUUUUUUUAAAUGUACGGAUAGCCAGGGGCACACUCCAACACUCAGACAUAAUUUACAAACGAAGCAUGUGUGUUUAGUGAGUCCACCAGAUCAGAGGCAGUAGGGAUGACCAGGGAUGUUCUCUUGAUAAGUGCGUGAAUUGGAAUAUGUUCCUCUCCUGCUAAGAAUUCAAAAUGUAACGAGUACUUUUGGGUGUCAGAGAAACUGUAUGGAGUAAAAAGUACAUUAUUUUCUUUAGGAAUGUAGUGAAGUAAAAGUAAAAGUUGUCAAAACUAUAAAUAGUAAAGUAUAGAUACCCCAAAUAAACUAUACUGAACAAAAAUAUAAAUGCAACAUGCAACAAUUUCAAAGAUUUUACUGAGUUGCAGUUCAUACAGUAUAAGGAAAUCAGCAAAUUGAAAUACAUUCAUUAGGCCCUAGUCUAUGGAUUUCACAUGACUGGGAAUACAGAUAUGCACCUGAUGGUCACAGAUACCUUUAAAAAAAAAGGUAGGGGCGUGGAUCAGGAAACCAGUCAGUAUCUGUUGUGAACACCAUUUGCCUCAUGCAGCGUGACACAUCUCCUUCGCAUAGAGUUGAUCAGGCUGUUGAUUGUGGCCUGUGGAAUGUUGUCCCACUCCUCUUCAAUGGCUGUACGAAGUUGCUGGAUAUUGGCAGGAACUGGAACACGCUGUCGUACACGUCGAUCCAGAGCAUCCCAAACAUGCUCAAUGGAUGAUAUGUCUGGUGAGUAUACAGGCCAUGGAAGAACUGACAUUUUCAGCUUCCAGGAAUUGUGUACAGAUCCUUGCGACAUGGGGACGUGCAUUAUCAUGCUGAAACGUGAGGUGGUGGUGGCGGAUGAAUGACACGACAGUGGGUCUCAGGAUCUCGUCAUGGUAUCUCUGUGCAUUCAAAUUGCCAUAGAUAAAAUGCAAUUGUGUUCAUUGUCCGUAGCUUAUUCCUGCCCAUACCAUAACCCCACCGCCACCAUGUAAGGCACUCUGUUCACAACGCUGACAUCAGCAAACCGCUAGCCCAAAAUACGCCAUACACGUGGUCUGCGGUUGUGAGGCCGGUUGGACAUACUGCCAAAUUCUCUAAAACAACGUUGGAGGUGGCUUAUGGUAGAGAAAUUAACAUUCAAUUCUCUGGCAACAGCUCUGGUGGACAUUGCUGCAGUCAGCAUGCCAAUGGCAUUCUCCCUCAAAACUUGAGACAUCUGUGGCAUUGUGUUGUGUGACAAAACUGCACAUUUUAGCGUGACCUUUUAUUGUCCCCAGCACAAGGUGCACCUGUGUAAUGAUCAUGCUGUUUAAUCAGCUUCUUGAUAUGCCACACCUGUCAGGUGGAUGGAUUAUCUUGGCAAAGAUAAAUGCUCACUAACAGGGAUGUAAACAAAUUUGUGCAAAAAUAUGAGAGAAAUACGCUUAUUGUGCAUAUGGAACAUUUCUGGGAUCUUUUAAUUCAGCUCAUGAAACAUGGGACCAACACUUUACAUGUUGCGUUUAUAUUUUUGUUCAGUACAAUUAAGUAGUACUUUAAAGAAUUUUUACUUAAGUACUUUACACCACUGCCUAGCCUUAACCCUAACCCUAACAAUAACCCUAGCUUCAUGUCCACAUCCCAUUUCAACCCUAACCCUAGCCUCAACCACAACCCUAACCCUCAACCACAACCCUAACCCUAGCUUCAUGUCCACAUCCCGAUUCAACCCUAACCCUCAACCACAACCCUAACCCUAGCUUCAUGUCCACAUCCCGAUUCAACCCUAACCCUCAACCACAACCCUAACCCUAACUUCAUGUCCACAUCCCGAUUCAACCCUAACCCUCAAUCACAACCCUAACCCUAACUUCAUGUCCACAUCCCGGUUCAACACUAACCCUCAACCACAACCCUAAUCCUCAACCACAACCCUAACCCUAACUUCAUGUCCACAUCCCGGUUCAACACUAACCCUCAACCACAACCCUAACCCUCAACCAGAACCCUAACCCUAGCUUCAUGUCCACAUCCUGGUUGUGCUCAACACUCAACAGUCAAUCACAGGGCUCACUCAGCAAUUAGAGAGAACUCAUCGUUUACCAUAAGAGUUUGGUAUAUGUUGGAAAGUGUCAGUCCUCAUUCAGCUUUCACCUACAUUAUAUAUCUGUCAUUAAUGCCAGGUGGAUAUGUAGACCUGUUUCCCUGGCUAUUGUCUUUUAAGGUAGUUGCUCUGUUUAGAUGCCUGAGGUCUGACUCAUCAAGGGUUAAAACAUAAUUUUUUACUGUAUGGGGGUUAUACUUUACAUUUAUAUUUACCAUCUGAUUUUUUCUUUGAUACAGCAUACUUGUAUGCUUGAUAUGACCCUAAGUAUAAUGGAUGCAUCCAUUCAAUAUUUUAUAAAUAAUUUUAAAUUGUUUAGUUUUUUAAUCAGGUGGUACAUUUACUGCAGUAGUAAAGUUUUAUAAACAAUCCCUGAUGUCUCUUAUACAUGGCGUUAAUUGUCCCUCUUCUUCUCUCUCUCUCUCUCUCUCUCUCUCUCUUGCUCUCCCUCUCUCUUUCUCAUUCCUGUUUGUUGCUUUUUCAUCCUGUCAUAUUGUAUGUCCCUGUAUGUGGGCAUGGUUUAUUGAUUUGCUCUAUUCUGCCUGCUCCAUGGGGUUUCACUGCACAUAGGCUGCUGUGUCCAAAAGACAGAUGGUUCUGUCUCCUCUGGUCCAGGUAAAGAGUCUAACGAGGUUACUUUUGUCUGCUGUCCUGUUGAUACCAGACACACAGGCACUUAAUACACACAAUUACAAUUACAAUACAUUUACGAUUACAGUACAACAUUUACAAUGACAAAACUGAAAAUAAUUCUGUGCAUGUUUGUCUUGAAUGUGUGGUCAUCUUUCCUGCUGUUCACCUCAUGCUGUGACCACAUGCUGGAUGUCCUCACUGUUCUUUCCUCUAUUGUCUUAUCAAAGUUGUGUUUAGUGUAAGUGAUUGUCUGACUGUUAUAGCACCUGGCAACUAUCUUUUGUUCAAUAUCUUUGAUUAGAUGUAUUAUGAUCAGAUCAUUUGAUAAUCUUUUUUGCUAUUUAUUUCUUUACUCAAAUGUUAGAUUUAUCAUGUUUUGCGAGGUGUUCAACUUUCAUGACGAGUGAACAUAGACUCCUCACAAAGCCUAUUACAGUAAUAUAACCAGCCCUAUGCAUGCGAUAGGCCUUCCUGUAGCCAGGACAGGUGUCUGGUAGUACCGUCAGCUUCCACUUCUUACCCUGUAGAGCACGUGUCAAACGCAUUCCACGGAGGACCGAGUGUCUGCGGGUUUUCAAUCCAUCCUUGUCCUUGAUUGAUGAAUUAAGGUCACUAAUUUGUAAGGAACUCCCCUCACCUGGUUGUCUAGGUCUUUAACUGAUUGGAAAAACCAAAAACCCACAGAAACUCAGCCCUCUGUGGAAUGAGUUUGACACCCCUUUUGUAGUAUCUCUACCCCCUGUUCACUCUGCCAAAAUACCCUUUCUGCACCCACCCGUUCUACCUUAAUAUAGACCCUCUUUCUGUUCCUAUACAAACCCUGACAGCUUCCCGACUGUGCCUCUCCCACCAUAUUGAAGCUGUGAGCCUCCUGACCCUCUGUUUCUGUCUCCCGUUCACCAGAAACUGCUUGGGAACUCUCUGCUGAAGCUGGAGGGAGAUGACAGGCUUGACAUCAACUGUACACUCCCCCUCACAGACCAGGUAAUAUAAUGGAGAGCAAACCAGACUUUGAGUAGUAAGGGUUGAUAGUUUUUCUAUUCCCCAUGCCACUGUUACAUCUGUGUUGAUAACAUAUGCACUUCAUGUAGUCCCACAGUGUACAGUACACUACCAGUGAUGUGGGUGUGGUCUUUCCCCUCCCAUAGAUAGUGUUAGUGGGCUCUGAGGAGGGUCUGUACGCCCUGAAUGUGAUCAAGAACUCCCUGACCCACAUCCCUGGCCUGGGCUCCGUCUUCCAGAUCCACAUCAUGAAGGAGCAUGAGAAGCUGCUGAUGAUUGUUGGUAUGAUAGCCGACUUGACUCAAUCAGUGAUAACAGCACAUAUAUACAGUACAUUGUCAACUGUCUAAUUUACAGUGGGGGAAAAAAGUAUUUAGUCAGCCACCAAUUGUGCAAGUUCUCCCACUUAAAAAGAUGAGAGAGGCCUGUAAUUUUCAUCAUAGGUACACGUCAACUAUGACAGACAAAUUGAGAAAAAAAAAUCCUGAAAAUCACAUUGUACGAUUUUUAAUUAAUUUAUUUGCAAAUUAUGGUGGAAAAUAAGUAUUUGGUCACCUACAAACAAGCUAGAUUUCUGGCUCUCACAGACCUGUAACUUCUUCUUUAAGAGGCUCCUCUGUCCUCCACUCGUUACCUGUAUUAAUGGCACCUGUUUGAACUUGUUAUCAGUAUAAAAGACACCUGUCCACAACCUCAAACAGUCACACUCCAAACUCCACUAUGGCCAAGACCAAAGAGCUGUCAAAGGACACCAGAAACAAAAUUGUAGACCUGCACCAGGCUGGGAAGACUGAAUCUGCAAUAGGUAAGCAGCUUGGUUUGAAGAAAUCAACUGUGGGAGCAAUUAUUAGGAAAUGGAAGACAUACAAGACCACUGAUAAUCUCCCUCGAUCUGGGGCUCCACGCAAGAUCUCACCCCGUGGGGUCAAAAUGAUCACAAGAACGGUGAGCAAAAAUCCCAGAACCACACGGGGGGACCUAGUGAAUGACCUGCAGAGAGCUGGGACCAAAGUAACAAAGCCUACCAUCAGUAACACACUACGCCGCCAGGGACUCAAAUCCUGCAGUGCCAGACGUGUCCCCCUGCUUAAGCCAGUACAUGUCCAGGCCCGUCUGAAGUUUGCUAGAGUGCAUUUGGAUGAUCCAGAAGAGGAUUGGGAGAAUGUCAUAUGGUCAGAUGAAACCAAAAUAGAACUUUUUGGUCAAAACUCAACUCGUCGUGUUUGAAGGACAAAGAAUGCUGAGUUGCAUCCGAAGAACACCAUACCUACUGUGAAGCAUGGGGGUGGAAACAUCAUGCUUUGGGGCUGUUUUUCUGCAAAGGGACCAGGACGACUGAUCCGUGAAAAGGAAAGAUUGAAUGGGGCCAUGUAUCGUGAGAUUUUGAGUGAAAACCUCCUUCCAUCAGCAAGGGCAUUGAAGAUGAAACGUGGCUGGGUCUUUCAGCAUGACAAUGAUCCCAAACACACCGCCCGGGCAAUGAAGGAGUGGCUUCGUAAGAAGCAUUUCAAGGUCCUGGAGUGGCCUAGCCAGUCUCCAGAUCUCAACCCCAUAGAAUAAAUAAUAAUAAUAUGCCAUUUAGCAGACGCUUUAAUCCAAAGCGACUUACAGUCGUGCGUGCAUACAUUUUUGUGUAUGGGUGGUCCCGGGAUCGAACCCACUACCUUGGCCUUACAAGCGCCGUGCUCUACCAGCUGAGCUACAGAGGACCACAGAAAAUCUUUGGAGGGAGUUGAAAGUCCGUGUUGCCCAGCGACAGCCCCAAAACAUCACUGCUCUAGAGGAGAUCUGCAUGGAGGAAUGCGCCAAAAUACCAGCAACAGUGUGUGAAAACCUUGUGAAGACUUACAGAAAACGUUUGACCUGUGUCAUUGCCAACAAAGGGUAUAUAACAAAGUAUUGAGAAACUUUUGUUAUUGACCAAAUACUUAUUUUCCACCAUAAUUUGCAAAUAAAUUCAUAAAAAAUCCUACAAUGUGAUUUUCUGGAUUUUUUUUCUCAUUUUGUCUGUCAUAGUUGACGUGUACAUAUGAUGAAAAUUACAGGCCUCUCUCAUCUUUUUAAGUGGGAGAACUUGCACAAUUGGUGGCUGACUAAAUACUUUUUUCCCCCACUGUUUUUGUCAGUCAGACUGAAUUGAAGGGAGGGGUAAUGUCUGUGUUUGGCCUGUAGGAGAUGAGAGGGCGCUGUGUCUGGUGGAGAUUAAAAAGGUGAAGCAGUCUCUGGCCCAGUCCCACCUGCCUGCCCAGUCUGAACUGGCACCUUUUAUCUUUGAGACGGUCAAGGGCUGCCACCUCUUCUCUGCAGGCAGAGUAAGUCUAGUGGUUUUUCAGUGGUUUGGGGGCAUUGAUUCAAUUGGUCAUUCUUUGGCCGAAGAAAUGCUAAUCCUUUAUCAUAACUGUCACUGACUUUGUGGAUUUGUCUGUCUACAGAUAGAUAAUGGGCCCUGUAUCUGUGCUGCAAUGCCUAACAAGAUUACAAUUCUGCGUUACAAUGACAAUCUCAACAAGUUCUGCAUUCGCAAGGUGAGUAUCACCUCAAUGUGGAAACAAGUUAUCAGAUGGAACGAUAAACAUGUCAUUUUCUGGUUACAGAGGAAAUGGAAUUGACUCUCAAGACAGCUCACAGUGACUAGACAUGCACCUCAUUUAUAUUGAACUGUAACUGAAGAAAAAUCUGUUCCUCCUAUCAGUUCAUCAAUUGUCUUCCCUCGCUAGUUCCCUAACAACUUCCUUCCUCCACCACUCUAUCAGGAGAUAGAGACUCUGGAGCCCUGCAGCUGCAUCCACCUGACCAACUACAGCAUCAUCAUCGGGACCAACAAGUUCUAUGAGAUUGAGAUGAAGCAGUAUGUGCUGGAGGGUUAGUGUUUUUUAUUGUUGUAGUUUCUCUCAGUAAACCCACUGGAACUCAUGUGUACCAGACAAUGAAAUGUGAGCAAUCCAAAACUGCUACAUGUAAAUGAGCCACUCUACUAUUCACAUUUUAAAGGUUGAUGCCACUAAAUUAUUUCCAUGGUUAAUCUAAUGCUGAUUCUAUAUUUACAUUUGAGUCAUUUAGCAGAUGCGCUUAUCCAGAGCAACUUACAUGAGCAUUUAGGGUUAAGUGCCUUGCUCAAGGGCACAUCAACAGACUUUUCACCUAUUCGGCUCGGGGAUUCAAACCAGCGACCUUUCAGUUACAUGCCCAACGCUCUAAACCGCUAGGCUACCUGCCGCCCUAUCUGUCACAGAUGUACUCUGUGUCGCCCCUGUAGAGUUCCUGGAUAAGAACGACAUGUCGCUGGCCUCGGCGGUGUUUGCUUCCUGCUCCCACAGCUUCCCCAUCUCCAUAAUGCAGGUCACCAGCACUCUGCAGAAAGAGGAGUACCUGCUCUGCUUCCAUGGUGAGAUCUGCCUUGACAUUUGCAACUGCAAUAAAUUCAUCUUACCAUAGUGAUAUUGUAUGACCUUUUUUACUGUACAUAUCGGAUAAAAUUGUGUUAUAUUGUCCACACACAACCACAGAAUGAUUGUAAAACAUUCCAAGGUACAUUCAUCAACACAGUAGUUAAGGACUAUUGUUCUGUCACAGAGUUUGGAGUGUUUGUGGACGCAUAUGGACGAAGGAGCCGCACUGAAGAAAUCAAAUGGAGUCGUCUGCCCCUGGCCUUUGGUGUGUACAGUAGCUUUAUCUUCAUAUAGUACAUUUCUAAUAAUGUUGUAUGCGUUGUGGUGGAUUUUAUGUAAUAUUGUCAUAACAAGAAUAUUGCUACAAAUGUGAAUGUGAGUACUAGUAGCCUAUGUCAUGACUUUUGUAAUGUAACCCUUUCCCUAUCUGUAUUGAACAGCUUACAGAGAGCCCUACCUGUUUGUGACAUACUUUAACUCAUUGGAUGUGAUCGAGGUUCAGGGACAUGCUGCACUUGGGUAAAGGAAAACGACUGAAACACAAACUCACACAAUAAGAACUUGCACAUGACAAAUGCAUCAGUAUUUAUCUUAGUAGGCCUAUGCAACCACAAUCAAUACCACAAAUUGAGAAGAAUACACACAAUUAUAGAGAAGUGAUCUCCAAUAAUGUUCCCCAUGUCUUAUUUCAUUGUGCUAAAUGGCAGACGUUAUUGAUUUUAGCAUGAUGUUAUUCAUUCCUCUCAACUCUCUGAAUUGAAUGAUGGGUAUUGUAUUUCCAGACUUGGGGCUAAAUUAAAUCAGAUUGACAUCCGCAUCGGUUGUUUUGGCGGUGUCGGAGGUGGAACUGGAGCUGUCAAAUCCACAAGCGGCUCGCUGCGUCAACCUUUUACUGCAGUGGGCUAAAUCAGGGUCAGACAGAGUUUUUCUUUGGUAGUCUUAAACAAAUCUACUUUGAAACAAAAGUAUACACCUUACACACAUGGAUAUGGGCUUAAAAAAAGAAGACACCUACAGUGAGGGAAAAAAGUAUUUGAUCCCCUGCUGAUUUUGUACAUUUGCCCACUGACAAAGAAAUGAUCAGUCUAUAAUUUUAAUGGUAGGUUUAUUUGAACAGUGAGAGGCAGAAUAACAACAGCAAAAUACAGAAGAACGCAUGUAAAAAAUGUUAUAAAUUGAUUUGCAUUUUAAUGAGGGAAAUAAGUAUUUGACCCCCUCAAUCAGAAAGAUUUCUGGCUCCCAGGUGUCUUUUAUACAGGUAACGAGCUGAGAUUAGGAGCACACUCUUAAAGGGAGUGCUCCUAAUCUCAGUUUGUUACCUGUAUAAAAGACACCUGUCCACAGAAGCAAUCAAUCAAUCAGAUUCCAAACUCUCCACCAUGUUCAAGACCAAAGAGCUCUCCAAGGAUGUCAGGGACAAGAUUGUAGACCUACACAAGGCUGGAAUGGGCUACAAGACCAUCACCAAGCAGCUUGGUGAGAAGGUGACAACAGUUGGUGCGAUUAUUCGUAAAAGCUUGGGGCUCCAUGCAAGAUCUCACCUCGUGGAGUUGCAAUGAUCAUGAGAACGGCGUGGAAUCAGCCCAGAACUACACGGGAGGAUCUUGUCAAUGAUCUCAAGGCAGCUGGGACCAUAGUCACCAAGAAAACAAUUGGUAACACACUACGCCGUGAAGGACUGAAAUCCUGCAGCGCCCGCAAGGUCCCCCUGCUCAAGAAAGCACAUAUACAGGCCCGUCUGAAGUUUGCCAAUUAACAUCUGAAUGAUUCAGAGGAGAACUGGGUGAAAGUGUUGUGGUCAGAUGAGACCAAAAUCGAGCUCUUUGGCAUCAACUCAACUCGCCAUGUUUGGAGGAGGAAGAAUGCUGCCUAUGAUCCCAAGAACACCAUCCCCACCGUCAAACAUGGAGGUGGAAACAUUAUGCUUUUGGGGUGUUUUUCUGCUAAGGGGACAGGACAACUUCACUGCAUCAAAGGGACGAUGGACGGGGCCAUGUACUGUCAAAUCUUGGGUGAGAACCUCCUUCCUUCAGCCAGGGCAUUGAAAAUGGGUCAUGGAUGGGUAUUCCAGCAUGACAAUGACCCAAAACACACGGCCAAGGCAACAAAGGAGUGACUCAAGAAGAAGCACAUUAAGGUCCUGGAGUGGCCUAGCCAGUCUCCAGACCUUAAUCCCAUAGAAAAUCUGUGGAGGGAGCUGAAGGUUCGAGUUGCCAAACGUCAGAAGAUCUGCAAAGAGGAGUGGGACAAAAUCCCUCCUGAGAUGUGUGCAAACCUGGUGGCCAACUACAAGAAACAUCUGACCUCUGUGAUUGCCAACAAGGGUUUUGCCACCAAGUACUAUAAUAAUAAUAAUAAUAUGCCAUUUAGCAGACGCUUUUAUCCAAAGCGACUUACAGUCAUGCGUGCAUACAUUUUUGUGUAUGGGUGGUCCCGGGGAUCGAACCCACUACCUUGGCGUUACAAGCGCCGUGCUCUACCAGCUGAGCUACAGAGGACCACUAAGUCAUGUUUUGCAGAGGGGUCAAAUACUUAUUUCCCUCAUUAAAAUGCAAAUCAAUUUAUAAAAAUGUUGACAUGCAUUUUUCUGGAUUUUGUUGUUGUUAUUCUGUCUCUCACUGUUCAAAUAAACCUACCAUUAAAAUUAUAGACUGAUCAUGUCUUUGUCAGUGGGCAAACAUACAAAAUCAGCAGGGGAUCAAAUACUUUUUUCCCUCACUGUAUAUCAUGUCAGAGUUGAAAUAUAUUAAAUUUUCAGUUUGCAUCCCAAUAUUACACUUUAUAUACAUCACAGAAGACUGAAAUACAGUGACCUCUGUAAUUAUUGGGACAGUGAAGCAUUUUUCCUUCUUUUGGCUCUAUACUCCAAAAGUUUGGAUUUGAAAUCAAACAAUAUCUAUAUGAUUAAAGUUCAGACUGUCAGCCUUAAUUUGAGGGUAUUCUUAUCCAAAUCGGGUUAACCGUUUAGAAACUACAGCACGUUUUGUACAUAGUCCCCACAUUUUAGGACACAAUUCACUUAUAUGUGUAUUAAAGUAGGAAGAAGUUAAGUAUUUGGUCCCAUAUUCAUAGUACGCAAUGACUACAUCAAGCUUGUGACUCUACAAAUAUGUUGGAUGCAUUUGCUGUUUGUUUUGGCUGUGUUUCAGAUACUUUUGUGCCCAAUAGAAAUGAAUGGUUAAUAAUGUGUUGUGUCAUUUGGAGUCAUUUUUUACAUUUACAUAAUUUAGCAGACGCUCUUAUCCAGAGCGACUUACAAAUUGGUGCAUUCAAUUUAUGAUAGCCAGUGGGACAACCACUUUUUUUUAUGGGGGGUGGGGGAAGAAGGAUUACUUUAUACUAUUCCAGGUAUUCCUUAAAGAGGUAGGGUUUCAAGUGUCUCCAGAAGGUGGUCAGUGACUCCGCUGUCCUGGCGUCGUGGGGGAGCUUGUUCCACCAUUGGGGUGCCAGAGCAGCGAAUAGCUUUGACUGGGCUUAGCGGGAACUGUGCUUCCGUAGAGGUAGGGGAGCUAGCAGGCCAGAGGUGGAUGAACGUAGUGCCCUCAUUUGGUGCAGGGUCUGAUCAGAGCCUGAAGGUAAGGAGGUGCUGUUCCCCUCACAGCGUCGUAGGCAAGCACCAUGGUCUUGUAGUAGAUGCGAGCCUCAACUGGAAGCCCAACUGGAAGCCAGUGGAGUGUGCGGAAGAGCGGGGUGACAUGAGAGAACUUGGGAAGGUUGAACACCAGACGGGCUGCAGCGUUCUGGAUAAGUUGUAGGGUUUUAAUGGCACAGGCAGGGAGCCCAGCCAACAGCGAGUUGCAGUAAUCCAGACGGGAGAUGACAAGUGCCUGGAUUAGGACCUGUGCCGCUUUCUGUGUAAGGUAGGGUCGUACUCUGCGAAUGUUGUAGAGCAUGAACCUGCAGGAUCGGGUCACCGCUUUGAUGUUAGCGGAGAACGACAGGGUGUUGUCCAGGGUCACGCCAAGGUUCUUUGCACUCUGGGAGGAGGACACAAUGGAGUUGUCAACCGUGAUGGUGAGAUCAUGGAGCGGGCAGUCCUUCCCCGGGAGGAAGAGCAACUCUGUCUCGGCGAGGUUCAGCUUGAGGUGGUGAUCCGACAUCCACACUGAUAUGUCUGCCAGACAUACAGAGAUGCGAUUCGCCACCUGGUUAUCAGAAGGGGGAAAGGAGAAAAUUAAUUGUGUGUCGUCUGCGUAGCAAUGAUAGGAGAGACCAUGUAAGGAUAUGACAGAGCCAAGUGACUUGGUGUAUAGAGAGAAUAGGAGAGGGCCUAGAACUGAGGACACCAGUGGUGAGAGCACGUCAGGUAGGACACAAUCCAAGAGUGAGCAGCGCCGGAGAUGCCCAACUCUGAGAGGGUGGAGAGGAGGAUCUGAUGGUUCACAGUAUCAAAGGCAGCGGAUAGGUCUAGAAGGACCUGAGGAGAGAGAGUUAGCUUUAGCAGUGUGGAGAGCCUCCGUGACACAGAGAAGAGCAGUCUCAGUUGAAUAACCAGUCUUGAAACCUGACUGGUUUGGAUCAAGAAGGUCAUUCUGAGAGAGAUAGAGCAGGAGAGUUGGCUAGAGACGGCACGCUCAAGAGUUUUGGAGAGAAAAGAAAGAAGGGAUACUGGUCUGUAGUUGUUGACAUCGGAGGGAUCGAGAGUAGGUUUUUUGAGGAGGGGUGCAACUCUCGCUCUCUUGAAGACGGAAGGGACAUGGCCAGCGGUCAAGGAUGAGUUGAUGAGCGAGGUGAGGUAAGGGAGAAGGUUUCCGGAAAUGGUCUGUAGAAGAGAGGAGGAGAUAGGGUCAAGCGGGCAGGUUGUUGGGCGGGCGGCCGGCCAUCACAAGUCGCAAGAUUUCAUCUGGAGAGAGAGGGGAGAAAGAAGUCAAAGCAUAGGGUAGGGCAGUGUGAGCAGGACCAGCAGUGUCAUUUGACUUAUGGGACCAGAUACCUAACUUCUUACUACACAUAUAAGUGAAUGUGUCCCAUUUGUAUUGUAAAUAAGAAUUGAAUAUGUUUCUAAACACUUCUACAUUAAUGUGGAUGCUCCCAUGAUUACAGAUAAUCCUGAAUGAAUUGUGAAUAAUGAUGACUGAGAAAGUUACAGACGCACAAAUUUCAUACCCCCAAGACAUGCUAAACUUUCACCGGUACAAUAACAGGGGAGGUUAGCAUUUUUGGGGGUGUAUGAUAUUUGUGCGUCUGUAACUUUCUCACUCAUCAUUAUUCACGAUUCAUUCAGGAUUAUCCGUAAUCAUGGUAGUAUUCACAUUAAUGUAGAAGUUUUCUAUUCUUAUUUACAAUAAAAGUUACUCCAAAAUGACAUAAUACAUUAUUUAACAUGAAUGACUAUUGGGCACAAAAUGAUCUGAAACACAACCAAAGCAAACAGCGAAUGCAUCCAACAAAUGAGUCACAAGCUUGAUGUAGUCAUUGCGUUCUAUGACUAUGGGACCAAAUACUUAACUUUUUACUACUUUAAUACACAUACAGUGCAUUCGGAAAGUAUUCAGACCCCUUGACUUUUCCCACAUUUUGUUACGUUACAGCCUUAUUCUAAAAUUGAUUAAAUUGUUUUUUACAUGCACAUGGCCAAUUAUGCAAAUUAGGUGAUGGCGACUUCUAGCGACUUUUAGGACAGCCAAUAGCUACUUUCCUUACUGAGGAGUUGGCAACACUGCUUCAAUGGAGUAGGGCAGCGGGCUGCAAAACACAAGCAGUUGGCUCGCAGCUCGAGGCAACAAAAUAUUAAAUUUGAGGGUCAGCCGCGCAUGGUUGACCGAUGAGCAGAGUUCAUCUUGUCAAGCAAACAAACAAUGUUUUAAUGACAACAUUCAAGCUGACAACAAGCGGCGGAUUUUCUCGUGGUUCAAUUGCCUCUUACCACGUCCCGUGUGUAAGCGCCUUUACCUUAUCGUGGACACAGCCAUUGGAUUCAACAAAACCACACCCGACUAUAAUCCGACAAAUCCCCAUGCAGCUGAGUUAGAAGCUGCAUGAACUUGCUCUCAUACUCCCUAAAUACCUUCGCUUGAAAAAUGAGAAGAAAUCUGCAAUACUGUUGUUUGUCCCUCUUGAGCCCCCAUAGCAACCUCAUAGCCAGAACACUGACAACAAUGAGGCAGCCUAUAGGGAGGUGGUCAGAGACCUGGCAGCCAGGACAACAACCUCUCCCUCAAUGUCAGCAAGACAAAGGAGCUGAUCGUGGACUACAGUAAACGGAGGGGCGAGUACGCCCCCAUUCACAUCGAUGGGGCUGUAGUGGAGCGGGUCGAGAGCUUCAAGUUCCUCGGUGUCCACAUCACUAAGGAAUUAACAUGGUCCACACACAACCACAUAGUUGUGAAGAGGGCACGGCAGCGCCACUUCCCCCUCAGGAGGCUGAAAAUAUUUGACAUGGGCCCUCAGAUCCUCAAAAAGUUCUACAGCUGCACCAUUGAGAGCAUCUUGACUGGCUGCAUCACCGCUUGGUACAGUAACUGCAAGGCACCCAACCGCAAGGUGCUACAGAGGGUGGUGAGAACGGCCCACAGGACCCUGAACACCUUCUACCCCCAAGCCAUACGACUUCUAAACAAGACUGCUAAUAGCUAAUCAAAUGGCUACUCGGACUACCUGCAUUGACCGUUUUUUGCACUGACUCUAUGCACACACACUGGACUCUAACCACACACUCACACAUACUGUACUUACACUGACACCUCAAUACACACACACUACAUACGCCCACACUACAUACACCCACACACACUACACACGCACACACAUGCAUACUGACGCCACACACACACUGCUGCUAGUGUCUAUUUUCUAUCCUGUUGCCUAGUCACUUUACCACUACCUAUAUGUAGUAGCUACCUCAAUUACCUCAUACUCCUGCACAUUGACUCUGUACUGGUACUCCCUGUAUACAGCCAUGUUCUUUUUACUCGUUUUUCACUGUGUAUUUAUUCCUCUUGUCACUGUUUCUAUUUAAAUAUAUAUAUAUAUAUCUUUAUUUUGAACUCUGCAUUGUUGGAAAAUGACCCAUAAGUACUAAGUUAGCAUUUCACUGUUAGUCUACACCAGUUGUUUAUGAAGCAUGUGACAAAUAAAAUGUGUUUUGAUUUGAACACUUCCCCAAAAGUCAGAAUUAAUCUAAGAUAAAUAAAGAAAUCUGUCAUUCAUUUUGAAGUUUUUGCCAGGUCUUAAUCGCGCAAUUUUACAUUUAGCUAAACUGUUUCGUGCAGUAUUUCUCGUGUCUAGUCGUCUCUCGUUGAAUGACAACAAACUUCAAUGCUGUUGACCAAUCACUGACGAAGGGGCGUAGACUUCGGCUACCGAACUUUGACUCAAGAUAAAACAAUGUGAAUGAACACCAGGAAAAAACCCUGCCAAAGAUCAAAAGCGAACAAACAUUUUGUCAUAAUAUAUGCACAAACUGUUUCUACUGGAAAGCAUAAGGUAAGCUUAAAAAGUUCAAACACUCGAAUAAGACGGACAUAAAUGUCUAUAAAUCCCCCCAUCCAAAUUAACAUGAAAACAUGCAUUAGCCUAACAACAAUGGUUUGACAUUAUUUCUAACAUCGAUAGAGCCUACACUUCCUAGUGUUGUUUUUAACUUCUGAAGCUCAACAGUUUGCGCAUUAUGACGACAUUUUGUGACGUUUUUGUUUGUUUUGGUCUUCGGUAGAUUUCUUUUCGGCUGUUUGUGCAAACAAAAAAAUCUUGAGGCAAGCCUAAAUUCGGUAGCCGAAGUCUACACCCCUUCGUCGGUGAUUGGUCAACAGUACUACUCCGAGUUGGAGUGUUUGUUGUUAUAACAGUACUACUCCUGAACAUGAAGUGUUUGUUGUCAUCCAACGAGAGAGGACUAGUUUUCAUGCACAUUUUUUUACUUAAGAAUACUGCACCAAACAUCUUAGUUAGAUGUAAUUUUUUUUAUCUUAGAUUAAUUCAGACUAUUUAGAAGAAGUGUUUCUUGCUAUGUUGUUGCUACUAAGGCUCAAGAGGGACAAACAACAGUAAUAUUGCAGUUUUUUAGGCAGUACAGUAUAAUACUGUGUGAGCACAGACGUUCGCUUCGCGUAGCCGAGACACCUUAACGCGGUAGGGAUAUAAUAAUAAUAAUAAGGAAAGGAGUGGUUUGUGACACACAAAAGCAGCCGCUCACCUAAAGUAUUUGUCAGCUCAUACUGCAGUUACACGUCUAACACCGCCAAAACAUAUUCUAUGCAGAUGCCGGCCAAUGCUGUUUAACGCUGGUUAAUGCUCAAGCUCAUUGAAUCUAGGCCUUGAUCCUAACUCUGCCUUUUAUAGCCCUGUUUAUACCUGGUUCUAACAUGCAUCCUUUGUCCUGAUCUUGUCCACAUUCUGAUUGUACCAACAUUUUCAGACAGAUGUAGACGAUUACAAGACACAUUAUGAUCGGAUGUGAUCUUUCUGACCACAUCCGGAGGUAGUCAGAAAAGCAUUGUGUCUGGAUAGCUUACAAGUGUAGACAGCAGUGGAGGCUGCUGAGGGGAGGACGGCUCAUAAUAAUGUCCGGAACGGAGCAAAUGGAAUGGCAUCAAACACAUGGAAACUAUGUUUGAUGUAUUUUAUACCAUUCCAUUGAAUCCGCUCCAGCCAUUACCACGAGCCCGACCUCCCCAAUUAAGGUGCCACCAACCUCCUGUGGUAGACAGAUCUGGACAGUUAAACCAUUUAAACCAUCAUUAUCCCGCCCUCUAAAAUCAUUGACAAGUGACACCAUUGACUUAUGGCAUCAAUAUGCGUCUUAAAAUAAAUAAAUAUUAUUUUGAAAGAAUAUCUGUCCAAUGAUUUGCAUACAGGGAGGGACCAGCAUAUCUGGACACAGAGGACGGAUAAGAGACACAUUUUACUACCAUGUGUAGAUGCAACGGCUACAACGUGUGCGCAAUCACAAUGUGGAUAAGACCAGGACAAAGGAAGCAUGUCAGAACCAGGUAUAAACUAGGCUUUUGUCUGUGUACCUGUGUGUAGCCCUUCAGUUCUAGCCCAUCUGGACAUCCCUAACCCCCGUUACCUGGGUCCAGCCAUAUCCUCCGGGGCCAUCUACCUGGCCUCGUCCUACCAGAACAAGCUGCGGGUUAUCUGCUGCAAGGGCAACCUGGUCAGGGAGUCUGGGGAGCUGCAGAGGACCGGCUCCAGCCGCGGGUGAGCUCUCCCUGUCAUGUUCUAGACCCCAAACCUUUAGCUAAUGGACCGGAACUACUGUACCAUCAACUAAAUCUAUGGUGAAGGGUAGUAGUUGCACAUAUAAGUAAAGAAAGGAAACUCUAGAAUACUAGAUACACUGCGUCACAAGACUUGUGCUAAAUGUUGAAAGGGGCUUCAGUGCCACCUACUGUUUUGAGUUUUCAUUGCUGUUAGCAAAGCUUGGAAGCCAAAUAUACACUGAGUGUACAAAACAUUAAGCACACAUGCCCUUUCCAUGACAUAGACUGACCAGGUGGAAGCUAUGAUCCCUUAUUGAUGUUACUUGUUAAAUCCACUUCAAUCAGUGUAGAUGAAGGGGAGGAGACAGGUUAAAGAAGGAUUUUUAAGCCUUGAGACAAUUGAGACUCGGAUUGUGUAUGUGUGCCAUUCAGAGGGUGAAUGGGCAAGACAAAAUAUCUUAAGUGCCUUUGAACGGGGUAUGGUAGUAGAUGCCAGGCGCACCAGUUUGUGUCAAGAACUGCAACGCUGCUGGGUUUUUUACGCCCAGCAGCUUCCUGUGUGUAUCAAGAAUGGUCCACCACCCAAUGGACAUUCAGCCAAUUUGACACAACUGUGGGAAGCAUUGGAGUCAACAUCAGCCUGCAUCCCUGUGGAAAGCUUUCGACACCUUGUAGAGUCCAUGCCCUGACGAAUUGAGGCGGUUCUGAGGGCAAAAGGGUGCAACUCAAAAUUAGCAAGGUGUUCUUUUUUUUUGUACACUCAAGAGUAUUGCAGCCAUUGUUAUUUUCUUGAUUAAAGCCCAAAUCUGUAUGGUCAUGGUUUUAUCUCUCUGACUUUUCUCUCAUUUGAGCUGAAACAACAACAGCUUAUUUGUCUCCAUACAUUUAUUUGUCUUCUGCUCUGGUCUCUGCAGAAGCCCCAGUAAGAGAGGUCCACCCACAUACACAGAGCACAUCUCCAAGCGUCUGGCCUCAGGCCCUGGCAGCCAUGAGGGGCUUCACCGUGAGCCCAGCACACCACACCGCUACCGGGAGGGCCGCACCGAGUUCCGGCGGGACAAGUCCCCAGCGCGCCCCCUGGACAGAGAGAAGUCCCCAGGCCCCAGACUGGACAGCCGCAGAGAAAGAUCCCCUGGAAGGUUUGACGACCACCAACGUCUCCACACCGGCUCUGACCGCCGCACACAGCUCACCCCUGUCAAUAAGGUACAGUUAUACACACCCACACUAGGAAUUACAUUGAUUACAUAAAUUGGCCAAAAAUGUUAUGAUUGAUUGUGAAGCUGGCACACUCAAUACAGUGCAAUACUACAUGGGUCGUUCCACGAAAUGAGUGCCUUUUGCGUCCCAUUGAGAUUUUAAGUAGAAAUUGUGAACAAAUAUAUAAUUUUAAAAGCCUGUUUUAUUAAAUGAAGUGCCCUUUAAUAUAGGCUACAUGGAAAAUUCAAUAAAUCUGAUUUUUUUUAUAUGAAAAGACUUGCUAAAGUGCCAAAAUUCUGCAUUUUGACAUGUCCCUCUGUGCAUCCUCUGUGACUUCAAGGAAGAUUUUAAACCACUUAACCCCAACAUUUCUCCAAGUUUUCACCAUCAUUGUAAAGCCCUAGUUAUUUUAUUGCUUUGACGAAGUCAAUUCUGAAGAUUAUUUAUAUAAUGUUAUUAGUGAUUCAUUUUAAGGUCAACCCUGUUACGUGAACUGAAUGCUCGUUUUAAUAUCGUGAAACUAUUCAUUAUUAUUAUUUUUUAAAAUUAAGAGACAUUGAACAUCUAAUAGUCAAAUCAUAGGGUAAAAGCAAGCGAGCUGGUUCUACUCUUUUUGGCCAUGUUCUGGGGUUUUGUGGUGAAAAACUGAGUGGGUCGAGCAUAACACGUCAACCCUGUUACCCAUAGAUAGGCUAGAAAUGUUGUAUCAAUUAUUUUUCUUUAUUCAUUUUUUUGCAUUAAAUUGCCCCUCCCUGUUGCACACAACAAGCUCCCAUUCCCCCUUUCACAAGGGGAUUCAUGGCAGAUUUAAGAUGAAGUCGUAAACCCUGCUACUUUAUUUGGCACUUACUUAAUAGGCACUUAAUAUAGUAAUUCUUUUUUUUUACCUUGAUGAGAAAAAUUUGUUUUUUAUUAAGUUGAACAUGUGCUCUUUAUGACAGAAUGUUAAAAUUAGGAGAUUUGUUUUCUUCACCAAGUUACAAUACCCAAAAGGAAUCUAAUUGGUGGAAUGACCCACAUAAGUAGAGUUGAUCUUCUGUGGCCGUGUCUGUAUGGCUAUCUCUGUAUUUUAGGUAUGGGACCAGUCUUCUGUGUGA